CUUUUGGGAGGUUCCUCAGAGACCAGCAUAAAUUCCAGUAAGACUCAGAUUAAUAUCAUUCCACAGAUAACUGAGAACUCCAAUUUAGAUAGACUGGCCUUGGAAUGACUGGAAUAAUAACUAUUUUUGUUGUUUUUGUGCAAAUUGCACUAUCCUCCACUCAAGUAAAUAAUUCAGGUAAGACAUAAGAAGAACCUAGAAACAACUGGUCCAACUCCAUCCAGGCAUCCAGGUUAUAUUAAUUUAUUUCUAGUAUUUUUUUAAUUUUGUUUGAUGUUAGAAUGUGUUAAGGAGUUUGUUCUAUUUUAAGUUAUUGCUCUCUCCCAGAUAUAUUUUGUGGAAAGGUUACAUUGACUGAUAACUGUGAUAUUCUUUUAUAUAUAAAUUGAUCUUGCUGAACAUUCCGGCAGGUAUUAUAAUUAUUAUAUUAAGUAGAACAGGACCUGCAAAAAGUGGGAUACAUUGACAUUUGGCGGACUUAUGAGACGCAUAAUCCUACACUGUAACUAAUAACCAUUAUUAGCUGGCCCCAGUAACACCAUUAUCAUAUAUGCACUUUCGGGUGAAUGCAGCCCUGUUUUAUAUAUAUAUAUAUAUAUAUAUAUAUAUAGUAACAUUUGUAGUUCUAUGCUACUGACCAGGCCUUGGCUAGUGACUAGCGGAAAUUUUAAGACCAAAUUAACACGUCCUUUUGUAUCCUGACCUACUAGGUUGACUGAAAAAUUACUUGUUACCACAAAUUACAAUUUAGUUUUUUAUUGAAAUAUUGCUUGCAACACAGAGGGCCAAUGUUUGUGGUUAGGGAGGGCCAAAGUGUUGCUUCCUGCCUACAUCAGCGUAGCACUGUACUUAUUUAUCUGUGCCUGGCCUCCGGAUGGUCCAAUGAGCUGGCCUCAUAGAUGUAUUUUCCGAUAGGCAGUUACCAACAGGGGUACAUACUCUGACAAGAAAUGUAUACUUUUAAUUUUUUAUGCACAUUUUGAUACUUUUGCAUUUUCAAACAUGGCAAAUAUUUUUUUGGGUGUGUUCAUUUGAAGAGGGAGGAAAUUAGAUAUGUAUAUCCCAAAUCUAUUCUGUGUCCUACAAAUUGUGGAGCUUUAAAUAGAGAAAUGAUUUUCCUCUUUUGGGGGGAAGGGGAGGGGGGUCAGUGGGUGGGCAUAUGAGACUUUUGGUAUUUCCUUCCCAGCCCUUCUCUCUCAGUGUAGGGAGCAAUGCAGUUACAUUCCUGCCCCUAUGCAGACUUUCUGCAUUAAAGGAACACUAUAGGGUCAGGAACACAAACAUGUAUUCCUGACCCUAUAGUGCAAAACUCACCAUUUAGGUGGCUUGCCGGCGUUGGCCAGGGCCGGACUGGGGGAUACGAAGCAGCCCUGGAAAAAAUCUAUGCCAGCCCCAUAAGUCAUUGUGCUAUGUAGGGUGUGUGUAUGUGUGUGUGUGUGUGUGUGUAUAUAUAUAUGUGUGUGUGUAUAUAUAUAUAUAUAUAUAUACAUAUACAUAUAUAUAUACAUAUACAUAUAUAUACAUAUACAUAUACAUAUAUAUAUAUAUAUAUAUACACACACACACACACACACACACACACAAUUGAAAUAGUUGGCUGCACUCUCGGAUUUCCUGAAAACGUAACUUUUAUUGAAAUAUUUAAGAGAAGAUCAACGUUUCAGUCCCUCUUGUGGACUUUCGUCAUGAUUCUGACGAAAGUCCACAAGAGGGACUGAAACAUUGAUCUUCUCUUAAAUAUUUCAAUAAAAGUUACGUUUUCAGGAAAUCCGAGAGUGCAGCCAACUAUUUCAAUUGUGUGUGUGUGUGUGUGUGUGUGUGUGUAUGUAUGUAUGUAUGUAUGUAUGUAUGUAUGUAUGUAUGUAUGUAUAUAUGUAUAUAUAUAUAUAUGCAAUUGAAAUAGUUGGCUGCACACUCAUGCUUACUACAGACAAGCUCACUGUACACACAUGCUCACCACAGACAGGCUCCGACACACCCAUGCUCCUUACAGACAAGCUCACUAACACACACACACAUAUGAUCCCUACAGACAAGCUCAGUGACACACAUACAAGCUCACUCACUAGCAGGCACACACACACACACACACACACACAAACUCACUAGCAGGCACACACACACACACAGGCUCCCUCACUAGCAGAUGCGCGCACACACACACAGAGGCAGACAGUCACUGACACCCAGGCAGACAGCCACACACACACACACACAGGCAGACAGUCAUUGACACCAAGGCAAACACCCACACAUACAAAGACAGGCAGACAGCCACACACUCACACACAGGCAGACAGCCACACACUCACACACAGGCAGGCAGUCACUCACAGGCAGUCACUCACUCACAGUCACUCACUCACAGUCACUCACUCACUCACAGUCACUCACUCACAGUCACACACUCACAGUCACACACUCACAGUCACACACUCACAGGCAGUCACACACUCAGUCAGGCAGUCCCACACUCAGUCAGGCAGUCACACACUCAGUCAGGCAGUCACACACUCACACAGAGACAGUCCCACACUCAGUCAGGCAGUCACACACUCACACAGAGACAGUCCCACACUCACACAGAGACAGUCACACACUCACAGGCAGUCACUCACAGGCAGUCACACACAGACAGUCACACACUCACACAGACAGUCACACACUCACACAGACAGUCACACACUCACACAGAGACAGUCACACACUCACAGGCAGUCACACACUCACACACUGACCUCCUUCUUACCUCCUGCUUGGAGUUCCUGGAGGCUGGUUGUUGGUGAAGCAGGGACUCCUUCCUGCUUCCCAUGCUGCAGUCAGCCGGGCCCCGCCGCAGGUAAGCCCCGCCCCCGCCGCACGCUAAGCCCUGCUAGCCCCGCCCCGUCGCACUAAGCUCCGCCCCGUCUCAAAUUUUUUUUUUUAUUUUUUUUUUUUAAUGAUCCCGGCCGGCCGUGUGUGAGCUGUGCCGGCCGGCUCCCCCUGCUCCCAUGGGGCUCUGUGCGGCCGGAGCUGUCAGCCCAAUGAUUAGGGCUGUCAGACCGGCCCCAGGUGCUGCGGCCCACCGGGAAAUUUCCCGGCAUCCCGGUGGGCCAGUCCGGCCCUGGCGUUGGCCCCGCGCUGGCCCCGCGCUGGCCCUGCCUCGCACUUGAAUUUAUGCAUCUCUAUGAGGAAAAUUAUGCAUCUCCAUUCAGAACAUGGAGACGCUGAACAGCACUGCUGCCUUUUGUGCAGCACUGAGCCAGGAGGCACCACCAGUGGCCAUCUGAGGAGUGGCCACUCGGAGGUGUCCCUUUUUCUCUGAAAAAGGUAGUGUUUGCACCAGGGCAGCAAGUAGCAGAAAGGGUCAUAGCUGAAAGGGGCAGAUGGAGCACAAAAGUAAAGGAGGAGAAGGAGCAGCAAGGAACAAAAGUAGCAGAAAGGGUUCAGAAAGAGAAAGGAGCAUUAGGGCGCAAAAGAAGCUGAAAGGUAAGGAGCAGAAGGAGCCAAGGAGAAGAGAAGACAGUGUCAGAAUAAAAAGACUUUGUCAAAUGUAGUAGAAGAAAGGAAGUUUGGAGCAGGAAGGACAAGUGAAGUGAUCCCUCCACUUUAUUCUGGACACCACAUCAGAAGGCUUUGGUCCCUGGGGCUGGCAGGAAAACUUUAGACCUUCUCAUCUCCCCAGGUAAAAAGAAAUAUCAGUGUUAAUGUGUUCACUUUUAUUUACUGAGUGUCAGGAAGCACAGAGUGCCGCUGCUACGGGUGCCGCAGAUUGGUCAGCUGGCACUCUAAGCCAAUCACUAGAUCCCCAUUCAUAAAAAAGUAAAACAUAUUUUUGAAACGGGAACUAGCGAUUGGCUUAGAGCAUCAGCUGACCACUCUAGCCAGUCAGCGGCACCCAUGUCUGACGUCAUUCUGCACUUCCUGACACUCAGUUUCAGAAGCUGAAUACUACUGAGCAACCUGGAGAUCUGGAGCAGAAGGAAGCCUUUCGGCUUAAACCGUGGGAGAGCGGUUUAACACCUUAAAGGAAAGAGAGCACCCAGGGGCCUCCUGGCAUCAUAGCAUUUUCAUUUAGAUUAGUUUUUUUUGGUAACUAGAAUGUUCCUUUAAUUUGCUUAAAGGAACAUUAUAGUGUCAGGAAUACAAACAUGUAUUCCUGAGACCAUAGUUGUGAAACCGCUAUUUACAUAGCCUGCUCCCCUCUCCCCCCCAAUGGUGUCCUGGUUUUUUAUUUCCAAAAUCUGGUCACCCUGGAUUUUUGUGAUAAUGAUCCCUCCCUUUCAUGGCACUGUCAAAAAGGGGCCAAGCAUGGAUGCAAUUACAAUUAUGUAAUUACAAGUGGAGGGCUUGCUAAGGCUGCUGUUUUUGAGAGCUGCAGCUUUUGCAAUCUCUUUUAAGAUGUAAACCCAAUGAAUACACUCAUGGAAAAAGGAAUGUAUGUAUUUGUUGGGGGUAUAACCACUAAAGAGUGAUAUUCUUUUUUUUCUUACACCUCCUGGACAGCAUCCAUUUUACAUUCAUUGUGAAGCUGCAUUCUUAGUGAGCUGUCCAGGAAGUGGGAGGGUCUGGGAGGGAGGGUCUGCUGCUGAUUGGCUGGAAUGUGUCUGCUGACUGUGAGGUAUAGGGUCAAAGUUUACUCAAUGAUGACGAAUAGUGGGCGGACCGAACAGCGCAUAUGUUUGCCAUCUGUGGCGAACCGUUCGGCGAACCGUUCGGGACAUCACUACUAAUAAUUCCUUCAGCAGGCUUUUUUCCAUAGACCCAAUUAUUCACAUUCUCCCAGCUACAUAAACCAUUGAAUCAUAGCCCUCAUUGCAAUAACCCCACACCAACCCCAUCUCUUGCAUUCAUAUUCCCAUCACCUCCAAUACCUCAAAUCAGAUCACCUACACAAAUACCUCAGCACCCUUAGAACUUAUCACCAAAAAUCACAUUACACUGUCCCCAAAGUAUCAUCAUAUUAUUCCUGUGGAGUGUCUGUGUGAAUGUGAGAGCCACAGAGGGACUGGGGAAGGGGCAAAAGAGACAGACAGGGGUUAGGGUGGAGGCACCCAGAAGGACACAAAAAGAAACAGAGGGGCUGUGGAAAGGUCAAAAGAGACAGACUUGGGCUUGGGAGUGAAACAUCCAGAGGGGCUGGGGGAGGGGGGGGGGUGGACAAAGAGACACUGAGGGACUGGGGAGGCUGGGGAUGCAAAUGUGACAGACAGAGGCUUUAAACUAAACCCACUAGAUUUAAGUUGUGUCAGCUAAAACCUAAUGGAGAUUUUAGUUGACUAAAACUCUAGAUUAAAACUAAAACAAGUCAGAUUACCAAAAUACGACUAAAACUAAAAUGGCUUUUUAGUCAAAAGACUAUGACUAAAACAAAAUUGAAAUUUGCUGCCACAAUUAACACUGAUUACUACAACAUUCCUGUGUCUUUCAUAACAAUGACCCUUGGGGUAUUGGCCAACUUGGAACAAAUAAACACAUCCCUUUAUCUCUUUUGGGAGGUUCCUCAGAGAGCAGAAUAAAUUCCAGUAAGACUCAGAUUAAUAUCAUUCCACAGAGAACUGAGAACUUCAAUUUAGAUAGACUGGCCUUGGAAUGACUGGAAUAAUAACAAUUUUUGUUGUUUUUGUGCAAAUUGCACUGUCCUCCACUCAAGUAAAUAAUUCAGGUAAGACAUCAGAACCUAGAAACAACUGGUCCAACUCCAUCCAGGCAUCCAGGUUAUAUUAAUUUAUUUCUAGUAUUUUUUUAAUUUGUUUGAUGUUAGAAUGUGUUAAGGAGUUUGUUCUAUUUUAAGUUAUUGCUCUCUCACAAAUAUAUUUUGUGGAAAGGUUACAUUGACUGAUAACUGUGAUAUUCUUUUAUAUAUAAAUUGAUCUUGCUGAACAUUCCAGCAGGUAUUAUAAUUAUUAUAUUAAGUAGAACAGGACCUGCAAAAAGUGGGAUACAUUGACAUUUGGCGGACUUAUGAGACGCAUAAUCCUACACUGUAACUAAUCACCAUUAUUAGCUGGCCCCAGCAACACCAUUAUCAUAUAUGCACUUUCGGGUGAGUGCAGGGGUACUUAUUCUGACAACAAAUGUAUACAUUUUUUAUGCACAUGUUGAUACUUUUUCAUUUUCAAACAUGGCAAAUAUUAUUUUUUUUUGUUCAUUUGAAGAGGGAGGAAAUUAGAUAUAUAUUUCCCAAAUCUAUUCUGCAUCCUACAAAUUGUGGAGCUUGAAACAGAGAUCUAUUUUUCCUUUUUUUGGGGUGGUGGGGGGAGGGAGGAGGGAGAUCAGUGGCAUAUGAGUCUUCUGGUAUUUCAUUCCCAGUCCUUCUCUCUCAGUGUAGGGAGCAAUGCAGUUGCAUUCAGAUUGACUGUCAGUCUGCGGCUGCGCUAUAUUUGUACCACUGCAUAUGGACUCAGAGUGCUGCACUGGGACUGUAUACAGGCACCAUAUCAGGCUGCCUGUCUGCUUUCAAUUAUGUAUGCUUUCGUUUACAGGGAAAAGGGGAUGGUGAUUACAUUAGAUAAAGUACAGCAUUCUGGUGUGAAUAGAUACAGUUAAAGGGAUAAUCCAACCCUUUGGAGGGGGAAACGUUUCCUUAUGAUAUGUCCUGUUUGACAUAUUUUCCUCCACCCCGUUUCCAGUUUAACAUGCAAAAAAUAAGUUUUAUUUACCUGAAACCUGGCAAGGCAACCGGCACCCGGUCCUGAAGUCACAGGGGGCCUCGCACAUUCCAAUCACAGGCUUCUAAUAGAGAAACCUGUGAUUUGACCGUUUCACCAGCUUACAGUGCAUACACUCAAUCUGAGCCAGCAAGGGGAGUGAGUGAAUGAGGAGGGAUGGUUUUUUAAAGCAAAAAACACCUAUGUGUGCAAUUGAGAGAGGCAGCUGGGAGCACAGAGUGGUUGGGGGGAGAGUAGAGCAAUCCUCCCCUUGCAGCUGGGAAAGAUUAUCACGUCUGAUGACAGAUGCAAAAUCUGCACAAAAUUUACAUUAGGCAGCCCGAAGCAGAGUCACGUGUGCUAGGGGGCAGAGGCGGUUCUAGACUUUGAGGCAAAACUCAAAUAUGAGACCCCACGAACACCAAAGUGAAAAAAAUAGAGUUGCGAUACAUGCACACAUAUACACAUUGAUUCACUAUCUACCUGUGUAUGUGCCUGAGAGUGUGUGUCUGACAGAGUAUCCUGUGUGUGUGAUUGUAUGUCUCUGUGAGCAUGUUUGCAUUUUUGUCUGGGAGCGCAUGUGUAUGGGGUAGCUGCUUGAAGUGUGUUGUGUGUAUGGGGGUCUGCCUGUGGCCUUUGUGCAUUCUGUUUAUGGCAAAGCUAUGUUUCCUGACUGUGUGUGUAUGAUGAAUGUUCUCAGCUGGUGACUGUGACAAGGUGAGUAAAGGCGUACCAGUGGCAGGGAGAGCAUGACAGGGCAAAGGGGGUAAAUGGGAUAGGGUGGGGGGGUUGUGAGAGAGAAUGAGGUACAGGGAGUAUGGCAUGGUUUGAUGAGGAAGUGUGUCAGGGCAAUUGUGGCAUGGUAGGAGAGACGAGUGUGACAGGAUUAAGGGGGGUUAAUGUGACAGGGUGCAUGUGGCAGAGUUGACAGGAUUAGAGGCAUUAAUGUGACAGGAUAAGUGUGGCUGGGUUGGGGGGAGAGUGUGACAGAAUUAGGGGAGGUUAACUUGACAGGGUGAGUGUGGCAGAGUGAGGGCAGGUGAGUUUGGAAGGGGUGAGAUUAACAGGACUAGGAGUUGUUAAUGUGGGCAUGACAGUGUGUGUGUGUGUGUGUGUGUGUGUGUGAAGGGGUGACAGUGUGUAUGAGGGAGGGUGACAGUGUGUGUAAGGGGGAGACAUUAUGUGUGUGUGAGAGGGGUGAUUCUGUAUGGAAUGGGGUGAUACUAUGUGUGUGGGGGGUCAUUCUGUAUGGAAAGGGAGGGAUACUGUAUAGGAGGAGGGUGAUAUGGUGUGGGACAGUGGGGUGAUAUUGUGAGAAAGGGGGGUGACAGUGUAGGGGUCAUGACAGUGUGGGGAGGGGUGACAAUGUGAGGGAGUAUGGUAACACAACAUAGUUGUGAGUGACAGUGUGUGGGGUGCAUGACAGUGUGUCUGUGAAGGGGUUACAGUGUAUAUGAGGGAGGGGAUACUGUGUGUGGAAGGGUUGACACUGAACGAGGACCCGACACAUUAGUCUGCCCAAAGGUGGUUAGGCAGCCGCAAGGCCGCAGCCAGCGUGAAGCCUUAGGCGACCGUCUAAACCACCAAAUUAGAGAGCCACCUCUGCUAGGGGUACAUCUAGUCACAAAAAUAAAUCAGUAAGCACAGUGUUUCAAGCUGAAACACCACACAUACGUAUUUAGCUCUGAGUUCACUUAAUUGAAACCAUCUAGGGCUGUUCAAAUUGGCUGGCGCUCCACAGUGUAAGGUGCCAAGCUUGACACCACAGUCAGAGAAUAACUUAAUGCUGACUCGUCACAUCUACACAUUGUAAAUUAUUGUAUAAGCACAGAGCGAGCUAUAGACAGAGGUGUAACUAGAAACCCCCAGCCUCCAGAAGCGUAACUAGAAACCACCGGGUCCCGGUGUGAAAAUUGCCCCGGACCUUUUAUGUAUCUCAUCCCCCCUCUAUCUGUCUCAUAUCACCCAGCCCCUUCAUGUCUCUUUCUCCCCAACUUGUCCCUCUAUGUGUCUCAUUCCCCCAACCAGCCCCUCCAUGUGUCUCAUUCCCCCAUGUGUGUCAGCGUCCCACCCACCUUCCCUCCUGUACCUGCUCACCACCAUGUAGCAAGACUGAGUGGACUGCAGUACCCAGUCUGACAGGAAGGUGCUAGUUGCUCUUAGUGAGCACUUCCUGUCAGACUGCGAUCUGCUUGGCCAUGCUACAUUCAGUGACUGGCGGGAGGGAAACACUGCGCUGUGUGCUCCACUGCUGCCGGUAACCCAGUGACUGUGCGCACCUGGCCAGUGCGGCCGUACAUCAGAUUAGAAGUUAUGCUGGCAGGAAAUUCCCAGUGGACCAGGGCAAGGGUCGACAGGGCAGCUGUGGUCAACAGGGCCCACUCGCAGAUGUGACCCUUGCGACUGUGGUUAUGUCACUGCCUGCCUCUGCAUUUCACAAUGCAGCAUACUCCAAAAAUUCCCCACCAGGGCUAAACUACAGUUUGCAAAACAUGAGGAGGAGGUGGAAUAUAUUUUUUAACUCUUAUAUAUAUGUAUGCCACAUAUAUGCACAUGUCAAAAGAACCAUUAGAUUACAUUUCACUUUGUCAUAUAUCCACGCAAUGAGAGGUUUUUAAUUGGACUGGAGGGGGUUAUGUAAGGCAAACCACUAAACUGCCCAUUCUUAAAAGGCCAAAAUUACUUGAGUUAGCUUUGCGCAGGUUCUUGUGUCUUUUGUUCCCUAAUGCAGGACAAAAUGAGAUUCCCAUCUGUCAUUCCCCAAGCGAUAGAAGCUUUUAUUGUAAUGGGAAGGAAGUGAAGGUAAGUAAAUAACACACUCACCUCCACAACUCUUCCAGGUGUGGGAGUCAUCUUAGCCACAUGCUACUCUAAAUGCAUUCAAAAUGCUGAUAAUUUCAGCCUAUCUCUGGCCUCCCAGGACUGUACAGCAGCCAGAGGCAGGACAGAGGAGGCAGAGCAGUCAGGUGCUGGGGGACUAACUUCAAGGUUAAAUGAUUCUAAGGCAGCUUAACCCCUGACGAUUAUACAAUGCUUAGCCACUCCUGCCACCAAAACAACUUUAUGGAGGUUAAGUUGCUAAGGGGUGGGAAUGUUAAUUUAAUACACCAGGGCAGUAAAUGCCCCAUCAAAAUGCCCUAUAUCCUUUGUGAAGGAAUCCCCUUACCACCCUCAGUGAGGGCAAGAUUGGCCAACUUAGGUUCAAUCUUAAACAAAAUGGCUUUGCGCUGCUACAUAGAGAGGGAUGCAUUCACCCUGCCCGCAAUAGAGAUAUUCCCUUUGGACCCAACCGCGGAGUUCCGUCAGGUCAACCUGCCUGUUCUUGGCCCUGGCGUCCUCCGCCAGAUCAAAUAGUUUGGCCAGGGGGCCAAAGAUGUCCAAGUGUUUCACAUGGCAGGACCUGAGUGCCGAAUCUAGGACCUUACGCAGGUUGCACCCUAGUUUGGCCAAGAACUGGGCCAUCUUUGGGUCAACCUCGAGGUCACAUACCUUGUUAGGUACCACAGAUCUAGGGCACUCAGCCCUGCGUUUGUCCUGGGCUGCCUUGCUAAGAGGGCUCCCAGGUUUCCAGGUAGCGGACCAUGUGGUCAACCGGGAGCCACUCGGCCAACAUAGAAUGAUGUAGGUCAUCCAAGUUGAAAGGGGCUUGCCCAGCGGAUCCACGAGGGCAGACUCGCGUCCGCUCCACAGAAGGAUCAGGCCUUGGGUCAACUGCAGUCAUCUCUGCCGGAGUGGAGGUAAAGAGGUCAAGACAUUCAACCAGAAUCUUUCUCCAAGUCACUAGAGGACUCAACACCAGCCUCCUCGCUAGACCCUAUUUCUGAGUCAGAGUGACUCUCAGGUUGUGCUCUCAAACAUUUCCACCGCCACGCCUGUUAUGCCUGACAUGGCAAGUCUCUUUUGCGUUGAUUAGAAACGCUUUCUUAAGAGAUCCACACCAGGACAUGGUAUGCGCAUCGAGGGAUCCGUGGCCACUGUGCCAGAUGGGCAUGCAAGCAAUGCUUGAGAUAUAGACUAGGACAAGGCCAAAGACAUAGAUCCCAUAGAGGCCAUAAUGGUGUCCAUCACAGACCGCUGCAGCACCAAGGACUGUGCGUCCUCCCUGCGAGAGUCAGGGGGGGAGCCAGCAGUAGAAGGGGCAUUUCCCAAUAGUACUGGGGUAUCCAUCCCCAUGGUAGGGGGGUAUACAGACACCUUAGAAUUAGGCAUGGCAAGAUAGGAGACCCAUAGUAUAAGAAAACUGAUACAGGAUGGGGCGUGGCUAGCUGAGAUACAGAGCAGACGUGCAUGUGUGUUGCUCCGGCUCCACACACUGUAAAAGAAGCCUUUUUACCAAAUAUAAUACCUCGGAAAAGAGCCCAAAAACGCCUGGCUGCCUCCCGAAGUGCAAUGGGGCUCCAACACAAAAAAAACACUUGCCCAGAGAAUGUAACUCACCCCGAUAUCAGACUCUCUUUCGACAGGCCCGCAACAAAAUGGCGCCGAGCAGGCCACAUGGCUCCAGCGACUCCAGAGACGAAGAGGAAUUGCCCUAAACUACCAGCAGAGUAUAUCUGCGGGUGGACACAGACUCGGAUGCCUCUCCCUCCACAAAGGGAGACAUCAAGAAACUCCUCCAGGACCUAAGAGCAGUGUGGAAAGCAGACCUGGUGGGGGUGCAGGUGGAAGAUGGCGGGCUGCGGCAGCAGAUUACGGCAGUGGAAUCCAGAGAGGAAACCCGGGAACAACGCCUGACUGACACCUACUCCCAGGUGGAAGCUCUUACACAACAGGUCCAAAGCCCCUCCCGUACGGUGGCUUCACUGGAGGCAAGAUAAUGCCGGAGGAAUGUCCUUAUCUGGGGAGCACCAGAAACAGUGAGUCCAGAAGCCCUACUGGACUUCGCCCACAAGGUAACAAAAGCAAUGGGGACCAGAAGAGCAGGAGACUCACCAAAAUUUGUGAUGGCCUUUAGAAUAAGGAAAGCAUCGACCGCCCCAGUGGACGCUCCCAGAGACAUAAUUGUGGUAACCCGGGACACAACAAUAAAAUCGGCUAUUAUGGCCUGCUCCAGGAGGUGCCCCAGCGUGCAAGUGGAUGCCUGCAAGAUAACAGUAUACGCGGACUUACCAUUCUCAAUCCUGCUGGCCAGAUGCAGGUUCCUACCCGUCACCAGGCUCCUGAGGGCUGACGGGGACAUUAACUCUGGGGCGAUGGAAGGCGGAGUUACUCCCAGGCUACAGAACCCUCCAUAAGUCUGACUAGGCUGAUGGUCUCUGGGGGUCUCACACAGCAGCGAUGUGGACUAGAAUCCUUGGGGACGGACAGCUAUCAAUGCUUCUACCUGCCACUAGUUUAUGUUUACAGUGCAUUUUGACAGCCUCAUAGAAGUUUGUAAGAGUUUUUAUAGCUUUGUUGUGAUAUUAUAAGACACAGUGGGAAAGUAACACACUUGCAGACUUAACUGUUGUGGUGCCAUGGGGCAGAAGGAGAGGGUACACACAAGGGGUUGUAAAACUAAAUAGAGCACAGAGCCUCCUGUCCCAGACAUGUCACCCACACAGAGUUGUAACUGACCCACUAACCUACCCAGAGCUAAGACUCGGGCAGGUCCUGCCUUCCUGCACACAGUCAAACCCACAGGUAUUAAUCUCCUUUAAUAUCAAGGCCUUGGCCCUUACUCAGAGACAUGGAAGCAUAACGGACUUUGUUCACGGGGGGAGUAACCGUGACCGUGACCAGCAGCCACAUAUGUUGAAGCCUUACAUUGAUAGUUAUAUUUGCCUAACGCCCACCACACAUGACAAAUGACAUGCCUGUAUUUAAACCUUUUUGCACAAUAAAAAUAAAGAAUAUAAAAAAAAAAAAAAACGAAUACAGGAGAAUUCUGGAUGCUGUUAGAAAAAAGCCAGUGAAGUUUUGAGGAUUAAUUGCCCAGACUGGUUACCCAGGAGAAGGGACAGACGGGAGCUCACCAGGGCCCAGACCAGCAGCAAAGUGUAGUCCUAGUCCUAGCAGGUAGAAAAAACAUGAUAUACCUAAGAACAUAAAUAGAGAAAGGAAAACAAACUCAUAGGGUAAUAACGUUAGUUGUAAUAAACCCCAAUUUCAAAGUUGCACUCACAAAUUGGCAGAAAAUUAAGGCUCAUCAAUAGUGUGUAGAAUCCCAUAGAUCCAGUGUUGUUCAGAUAUCCAGUAAUGCUUGUGGAAAGAUAUAAAAAUACAUAGUACAGCAUUGAUAUUUAAUAAAAUCACACGCUUUAAUGUUUACACUUACAGCACACAAGGCGAUCAAAAGCCCAUCAAUAUAACUCUGCAUUCCCCGGUCCCAAUCUCUAUGGUAUGAAGUAUAGGGGUCCUCACAGGUGUUGUGGGCAAAAAGCAGUGUUUUGUCUUGUACUCUAGACUUCAUCAGGAGUGAAAAGGUGAGUAGUACACAAAAUAACAGCAUUUAGGCUGAGGGCUUCUCAUUUCCCCCUUUCAUUUAACUAUUUCUAACUUUGCCUGCUAUUCUCUGUACCAAGUUUAUACUUAUUAUGAACUCUGGUAUUUAUCAUUCUUUUUGGGAACAUUAUCUUACUAUUACGAUUUCUUGUUACUUUAUUAAACUACCUCUGCAUUUGUAGGAGGGUUAAGGGAGACUUUAUGUGAUUAGGGUCCAGGCCCGGACUGGCCAUCGGGCACAGCGGGCAAAUGCCCGGUGGGCCGCGGCCGGCAGGGGAGGUCCCAGGAUCUCCCCUGUCGGUCUAUGCAGGGCCGGCGCUCGCAUAGCGCCGGCCUCGCUGUUUGCCAUGGAGGGCCGGUGGGGAGAUCUAAGAUCUCCCUCACCGGCCCAUUUAAACAGACCUGCGGCUGGGGAGGGAGGGAGAGGACCCGGCGGAGCUCUAUCUUGCAGCUCCGCCGGGCUCCUCUCGCGAGAUCGGGAGCGUUGCCAUGGCAACGCCCCGAUCUCGCGAGAGUGAACUCUAGCCUUCAGGCUAGAGUUCACUCACCACUGGACCACCAGGGAUGAUGUGAGUGUGCCGGUCCCCCUCCUCCUAGACACCACGUGCCUGUCCCCCCUCCCAGGCUAAAGGUAAGGAGGGGGGGGGGAGAGAUAUAAUGCCUACUUAGUUGGUUUUUUUAAAAUUUCUUUAUUUACCCCUCCAUAGUUUUUUAUUUGUUUAUUUACCCCCCCCACACACACACACAUCAUACACAGCACUCUCACACAUUGCACUCUCACACACAUCAUACACAGCACUCUCACACAUUGCACUCUCACACACAUCAUACAUAGCACUCUCACACAUUGCACUCUCACACACAUCAUACACAGCACUCUCACACUCAGCACUCUCACAUUCAGCACUCACACACAUCAUACACAGCACUCUCACACUCAGCACUCUCACAUUCAGCACUCACACACAUCAUACACAGCACUCUCACACACAUCAUACACAGCACUAUCACACACAACACUCUCACACACAGCACUCUCACACAUCACUCUCAAACACAUAACACUCAGCAUUCACACUCAGCACUCACAACACUCUCACACACAUCAUACACAGCACCCACACACACAGCACCCUCACACAAAUCAAUCACAUACAGCACCCACACAUACAGCACCCUCACACACACAACACCCUCACACAGCACCCACACCUCACACACAUGAUCCAUCACACACACAUACUGCACCCCUCACAUACACACACAGCCCCCCGAUACACUGCAUCACACACAUACACAAUACUUCCAAACAUAUUUAUAUAAUAUAUAUACACAUAUAAAUAUACACACAGCACCCCUCACACACACACACACACCCCUCACACACACACAGCACCCCUAAACACAUUUCAUUCCAGACACACACUAGAUCCUCUACCCAACUCUGGAUCAUCUACACACAUACACACACUAGAUCCCUAUAUACACUCUGAAUCCAUUAUAUACGCACGCUCACUAGAUCUCCUAUACAUAUUCUGGGUCCUUCAAACACACACACACUCUGGAUCCCCUAUACGCACACUAGAUUCCUUGUAAGCAAACACAUACUACAUUCCCUGAACACACACUCUCUGCAAACACUACAUCACCUACACACACACACACACACACUAUAGCCUGUAUACACACACUUGCUACAUCCCCUAAACACACAUUCUCUAAAGCCCCUAGCCACAUAUGCAUUAAAUUACACCACAAACACAACACGACUAAAACCGACCUUAUUACACAAUACCACACCACAACCAGCUCACUCUGCACACACGCAAUACCCCAAGCAGGCUCCAAACACAUGCACAAUACUCUUUCCUGGCCCUUUUGACUCCUGGUAUCCAUUUAUAGAGACACCAGAGACAAGUUGCAAGGAAACACAGUGCAAGCGCAGGACUUGUUUUUUUUUUUUUGUAUAAGUUAUUAAAUUUGCUUGCACUGCGCAGAACAAAUACAGGGCUUUUUUCUCAUGCUAGAGCUCUUCAGCAGAGCUCUGCGCAUGAUCUGCCCUGGAAGAGCAUUGAACCAACAUGCUCACUUUGAGAGGGGGCGUGUUUGUCAUGAGUGAUGACAAAACACACCCUCUUUGCCCCGCCCCCUUCUUAGUGGGCCGCUGUGAUAAAAAAAAUGCCCGGGCCGAAUUUUUUUCCCAGUCCGGCCCUGUUAGGGUCUCUUUCUUUUUCUGUAGAUAGACAUUUUAAUUAAUAUUGGGUCUUUUUCCUAAAUACAGAUCUCACCAUUGGAACCUUUCUAUCCAGUGUCCAUUAUUUUCUGUUGGACAUUAAUUAUAGUUAACCAACUGGGCAUUACAAAUGAAAAUUGGUUGAUAUAAAUACUUAUAGGAAUAAUCUCCUGAGAUGAUAAAAAGAUUAUUAUUUUUGUGACAGCAUCUUUUAUAUCCACUGUGACAUAUGUAGGAGUGCAAGACCACAUUGAAGGAAUGGCUGAGAUUACUGAUAAUGAUCAUUCAUUAGAUAGCCUGUCAAGUGCACCAUUACAUCCAGCAGCAGCACUUUUCAUGCCUAGCUGCAGAUUGUAAUUUACUGUCUUUCGCUGAUAACGAUCACCUACUGGACAAUUUGCUAGGCUUAAUAUUUUACAUAGCGGCAGCACUUUUCAUACCUAGCCAUACUUUAAUUUGAGUCUCUAUUUUCAUAUUUGUCUGAUUUUUGCUGCUUUCUAUGGAAAUAUGUUCACUUUCUAAUACCCCAGUGCAGGGCCGCCAUCAGGGGGUGACAACCAUAACGGUUGUCACGGGCCGGCGGCCCUGGGUGGCCUGGCCGCCCGGGCACCACGUGUGGGCCAUCCGAUGGGCCCUAUAUCUUCAGGGGCCAGGUCAGCGCUGUGGUCGUGGUAUAGCGCGACCAGGCCCCUUUAAAAAAAAAAAAAAGCAGCCGCAAGUGCUGCUGGGAGGUAGUGGUCACUUCCUCCCAGCCCACUUUGCGCGGGUGAAGAGGGAGAGCCAGGCAGUGAAGAGGGAGCCGUGCCGACUCCCAUCAUCCAGAGCCAUCCUCCUGCAAAGAAAAGGUAAGAGACAGGAGGGUGGCUGGAAAAUUAGCUGUGUGUGUGUGUGUGUGUGUGUGCAUGCAUGCAUGCAUGUCUGUCUGUGUAUCUAUGUAUGUCCGUAUGUAUGUCUGUAUGCAUGUAUGUCUAUGUAUGUCUGUCUGUCUUUCUGUCUUUCUGUCUGCAUGUCUGUCUGUCUGUAUGUCUGUCUGUCUGCAUGUAUGUCUGUCUGUAUGCCUAUUUGUAUGUCUGUCUAUGUAUGUCUGUGUCUGUAUGCAUGUAUGUCUAUGUAUGUCUGUCUGUCUGUAUGUGUAUGUCUGUCUGUAUGUAUGUAUAUGUAUGUAUGUCUGUCUGUAUGCAUGUCUAUGUCUGGCUGUCUGACUGUAUGCAUGCAUGUAUGUCUAUGUCUGUAUGUCUGUAUGUCAUUAUAUAUGUAUAUAUGUAUGUCUGUAUGUCAGUAUGAAUGUAUGUCUGUAUAUAUGCAUGUAUGUAUGUAUGUAUGUCUGUAUGCCAUUCUGAAUGUAUGUCUGUGUAUGUCUGUAUGCCAUUAUGAAUGUAUGUGUGUAUGGAUGUCAGUGUCUGUAUGUAUAUAUGAAUGCAUGUGUGUGUGUGUGUAUGUAUGUAUGUCGGUGUCUGUAUGUAUGUAUGGGCCUUCAUGUCCUCAUGCAUGUGUGUCUGUAUGUAUGUUAGUAUGUGUCUGUCUGUCACUAUGUAUGCCUGUGUGUAUGUCUCAGUUUGUGUGUGUCAGUAUGUAUGCGUGUAUGUCUGUUUCAGUAUGUGUGUCUGUUAGUAUGUAUCUGUGUCCUUUUGUAUCAGUGUGUGUGUUUGUGUCUGUGUGUGUAUUCCUGUGGGCGGUAUUUGGAGGCGGGCCCAGUGGGCGGUAUUUGGAGGCGGGCCCAAGACCCUGAGCUGAGUUAGGGGCCCCAAAAUAUCUGGUGGCGGCCCUGCCCCACUGUGAUAUAUAUAUAGGAGUGGAUCACCAUAUUGAAGGAACGACUGAAAUCACUGAUAACGAUCAUUCAUUAGAUUUCUUGUCAAGCGCAACAUUAAAUCCAAGGCAGCACUUUUCAUAUCUAUCCUCAGAUUUUAAUUUACUGCCUUCCGCUGAUUACGAUCGCCUAUUGGACAGUCUGUUAAGUCUAACACGAUUUAUUUAUUUAUUUAUAAAAUAUUUUACCAGGAAAGAUACAUUGAGAUUUCUCUCGUUUUCAAGUAUGUCCUGGGUCCACAAAUCAUUGCAUUGUUACAUUAGGGUACAAUAAAAUACAAAAACAAUAUUAAUACAAAAUAAAUACAAAAUUUAACAUAGAACAGGUAGGAAAUAUAUAAUCAACCAUGACAGGUGCAUUCUGUUUUCAAGGUAUGUAGAGAGGGAUCUCUUAAAGGACUUUAGGCUUAGGGAUGAUUUUAAAUUUUGCGGGAGGUCGUUCCACAAUUGCGGUGCUCUGUAGGAGGAGAAUCGGGACGUUUUCUGUUUGUAUUGAGGUAGACUAAGUAAAGUGUUGGUACUGGAUCGGAGCUUAUAAAAAGUGGGAACAGAUGGGGAAAGCAUUUUGUUCAGGUAGGGUGGGAGUUUCUCAGAAAAGCUCUUAAACACAAGGCUGGAAAGAUGAAGGGUGCGUCUGGAUUCCAGCAACAACCAGUUUAGUUCUUUUAGCAUGUCACAAUGGUGGGUCCUGUAAUUACAUUGUAGCACAAAUCGGCAGAACGAGUUAUAUAAUGUGUUGAGUUUAUUAAUGUGGGUAUGAGGUGCAGAUGCAUAUACUACAUCCCCAUAAUCAAUGAUUGGCAUCAGCAUUUGCUGUACAAUCUUUUCUUUUACUGUGGGCUUAGGCAGGAUUUGUUUCUGUACAGGACACCUAGUUUUAGAUAAAGUUUAGAUGCAAGCUUUUCUAUGUGCAGGCCAAAAGAUAGUUGGGGUUUAAUAUCAUACCCAAGUAUUUGAAAGAGUGGACUGCGGUCAGUGUGCCAUUUGAAUUUGUUUUGAUGGAUAGGUGGGAAUUGUGUAAUUUAGGUACUGUUCCAAAGAUCAUUCUGACAGUUUUGUCAGUGUUCAGGAAGAGUUUGUUUUUUGCGAUCCACCUUUCUACCUCUGUAAACUGGUCUUGGAGCACAGCCUCGAGUUGUGGUAGAUCGGAUUUGCUCGCAUAGAUUACCGUGUCAUCUGUGUACAUGUGUACAUUUGAGGAUUUGCAGACGUUAGGCAGAUCAUUUAUAAAUAAUGUAAAUAGUAGGGGGCCGAGAAUGGAACCCUGGGGAACACCACAUGUGACUGGGAGAGGGAGGGAGUCACUGUCAGAAAGGGACACACAUUGUGAGCGAUCCAAUACAUACAAUCGAAACCAGGUUAGUGAAAGAUCAUCAAUACCUGAGUUUUUGCGUUUGUGCAGUAGAAUGUCGUGGUCUACUGUGUCAAAGGCCUUAGCAAAAUCAAGGAAAAUAGCUCCAGUUAGGGCUCCUUGUUCCAUGCCAGUUUGGAUGUCAUUGCAAACUUUUAAGAGGGCAGUUGUAGUGGAGUGAUUCUGGCAAAAGCCCGACUGAUCAGGGGUCAGAUAGUUAAAUUGUUGGUAGUACUCACAAAGUUGCAUAUGGACACAUUUUUCUAAGGUUUUUGACAAUACCGGGUGUGGUGACAUUCUGUCAUCAAACUAAUAUGGUGACCAGGGAUCAUGUAUGCCUUUAUUAAAGUGGGAUAAGCUUUACCCUUUGAUAUGGUAAUUGGUUAUAGUUAGAAACCAAAGUAGUGUCACCACUUUUAUGGAUAGGCACUACUCUCGCAGUCUUCCAAAGUUUGGGUAUGUAUCCAGACACCAAGGAUUCAUUAAUUAGAGUUGAGACGGGUUUAACAAUUGCCGGCGCACUGAGCUUCAACAGCAUUGCUGGGAUUUGAUCGGGUCCGGACUGGUUUUUCAUUUUUAGAUUAUUAAGAUGUUUUUUAAUGACACUAACAGGUACAGGUCUAAAAAUAAACUUGUCUAUAUUGGGCCUUUGCAAAUUUAGUGUGACCUGAUCCACAUUAGUAGUUUCAGGAUGCGUAUCAUUUAUUAGCUUGGCAAUCAGGGCAGUAGAGCAUCCGACAAAAUAAUUGUGAAAGGCAUUUGCUACAUCUAAGGGAAGUUGCAGGGUUUGGUUACCCACUUUGACAGUGGAGGGUUGGGAGUGGAUUUUGUGAGUUUGUAGUUUAUUUAUGACUUUCCAAAAGUUUCUAGGGUUUGAGAUGUUAUUGUUGAGAUUUUCAAAGAAAUAUUGGGCCUUGGCCAAUUUUGUCUGUUUUGUGCAUAUAUUUUGUCAUUGUCUAUAUGCACAGUGAUCAUUCAUAGAGCCAGUACGCUUAAACUUUGACCAUAAAGAAUCCCGAAACUGGUACAUUUGGAUGAGGUCAGCUGUGAUCCAGUUCAUAUGUGCUCCUUUUACCCUCACCUUAUGCAGCGUGGCAUGCAAAUUGCAAAUUUGUAGGAGUUCAGACUGAAAGAAUUCAACAGCACAGUCUAGAUCUGGGAUAAUGUUUAAUCUGUGCCAUGGGAGGUUCUUGAUGUCGUUUAGAAAGGAUUCAAGAUUACAUUUUUUGAAGAACCUAGUUAUUUUAACCUUGGGAGAGGAUUUAAUAGCCUUAUUUUGCGCACGCAGUACACUAAACAGUGAUCACUGAAAAUGUUUGGGAGAACACCGGCCUCCUGGAUCCUAUCAGGAGAAGUGGAGAGAAUCCAACGAGCAGGGUAUGCUUAUGGCUUUUAAUGUUCACGCGAGUUGGGGAGGAGAUUAAUUGAUUUAGCUGCAACGUCUUAAACAGCAUGCAAGAACUAUUAUUUUUAGGAUUCAGCCAAUCAAUAUUAAAAUCUCCAGAGACCAACAGUUCACUUUUUGGGUUUUGCGUUAUGGUUUCACUAAGGAGAUGGGCUAUGUCAGAAAGGGAAUGCACAGGGGAGCUAGGUGGGCGGUAGAUUCCUGCAACAAUGAUUGAUUUACUGCACUGGAUCUCAAUUGUGAAAGAAAGGAAAUCAAAGGUGGCAGGAGGACUAAGGUUUUGUAAAGGGGUAAACUUUAUGGAAUUGUUAACAUAAAUAACAAUGUCUCCUCCUCUCUUUGCUCUGUUAUUUCUAAAACAUGAAUAACCUUGUAUUGCAAUGGCGGUGUCUGGUAUUUUAGCUGUUAACCAUGUUUCUGAGAGCACAAUGAUUUUUGGUUUGUAAUGGGAACACCAGGCUUGCAGUGCAUCCAGUUUAGGGAGUAAACUACGGAUGUUGCAGUGCACAAAAGAGAGGCCUUUUUUAGUGGGGAGAUUAGGACUAGAAUUAGCUGGGGGACCAGGGUUAGACUCCACAUUAUUUGCAAGGGCAAGUAACAUAAGGAGUAGGAAUUUGGACUUAAUUUUUGUUUGCCCAUAUAGUGAAUGGGAUACUUUAUAAUUUUGUGAGGUGGGGGUAGGAGGGCUAUUUUUUAUAACUCUCCACCAGCACUCAGCAGAUAAGUUAAAAGAAGAGAGCAGGCCGUGGUGUAUGAUAAUUCGUGUUCCAGUUUGAGGUGUGUGCUUAUGCUGGUAGUGGUGUGAACAAAAUUGGAUUGAGAAAACAGUUAUUAAGAAUAACAGUAUGGUUAUAUUUGGGUGGUUGAAAAUGAAACAGAAAUUGUGAAAAACAUAAAUUAAAUAGAGGUAUAUAGUUUUGGUGUGUGUGAUAUAUAUCUAUUUGUAGUCAGAGAGGGUAUGUGUUCUAUAGGGUUAAGAGAUUGAAAGGGUGUGCUGAUCAGUGUUUGCACUUGACAUUUCAGUAGACUGAAAGUUGUGUGGGAGACUAUCUAUAAAUGAGGAAAUGACCAAGAGAUGGGGAGGGAAUCAGUCUUCCAAAAGGCUACCUGUUUCAAAUGGCCAUGGAACAGCUGAUGGAGCUCUGAGUAUGUUUAAAAAUCAGACUGUGGAAGAGAGAUGUAUAUUAGGGUCAGAUGGGCUAAGAAAUUGAAGGGGGGUGUAUAGAUGGACAUUUGAUUUAAGAAAAAACAAAAGCUAAGAUUGAGAAUUACAGAGAUAAGACAGAGGUAUUUAAGUAGGGAAAUAAAACCAUUAAACAAGGAACAGGAAAGAUAUAUGGGCCUGAGCUGGUUAAACUAACUUUUAACAUGAUGGACAAAGACAAAGGUGAUAAAAUACUUUGCAUGAUUAGCACAGGCUAUAGUUACAAAGACAUGAAAAUGUAUACAUUGAAAAUAAUAAAACUAAAUAAUAGUCACUAAAUAUAAAAACAUACACAGUCAACAAAAUUAACAGGGUAAGUAGAAAUAUAAUGAAAUGUCAGUCUUCCAGAAGGCUACCCGUUUCAAAUGGCCAUGGAACAGCUGAUGGAGCUCUGAGUUCUAUGCUGGGGAUACACAGCGGCAGCACUUUUCAUACCUAGCCGUACUGUCAUUACAUUCUUUAUUCCUAUAUCUGUCUGAUUUUUGCUGUUUUCUAUGGAAAUGUGCUCACCUUCUAACGCUCUAAAGACAAAAAUAUUUAAAGAUCUUUAGAAGUACAGGUUAUAACUUCAUAUAGGUCUCUGUGAUUACACCAAGAGGUAAUACUUGGAUCUGAGUGACUACUCCCUGUACUGUAGGUUUACAUAACUGACAUUUGAAGUUUAAACCCAGUUGAUAUAGUUAGAAAAUGCUAAUUUCUACUGUGAUACACGUGUUUUCAGAUCUGUCCCUAAAUAGGAGGGGACUCUAAAGUCUUUAACCACUUAAGGACGGUGGGCGUUCUAUACCGUCCUUGGGGACCAGGCUCUAAAUGCCGGGGGGGCGGCAUAGAAGUAUGUAGGGAUGUAUAUAAAAAUACCCCUUUCUGUCUCAUUAGUGAUAUCUUUGCCAGAAGCUCAAGGAAGCACGGCGAAUGGUUAGAGUUAGGACCCACCUAAGAGGUCUGCCUUGACGUGGCAGGUGGGCAUACCCUCUCAUGGCCAUUGGAGGUAUCUAAAAACCUCAAUUUGUUUAAAAAUACAUAGGGAUGUGGAAAGAGCGCAGGUAACUUUUUUUUUUUUUUUUUCUCCUCUUUGGUUUUUACUAUAUGUAUUUUGGCUGAUGUGUACUAUGGUUGUUGCUGCCGCCCAGGAGUAAUGGGAGUUUGAGCGCAGGACUUGUUUCUUUGUAUGUGUAUUCACUUUUGUAUCACACAGCUAGGUUACAAUGCUGCUGCCCAUCCCAUGUGUUCCCUAUUAAGGGAUAAUAAGCAUUUUGUGGGUGUAUAUAAAAAAUACCCCUUUCUGUCUCAUUAGUGAUAUCUUUGCCAGUAGGAUGCUCAAGGAAGCAAGGUGAAUGGUUCGAGUUAGGACCCACCUAAGAGGUCUCCCUUGACGUGGCAGGUGGGCAUACACUCUCAUGGCAAUUGGAGGUAACUAAAAACCUCCAUUUGUUUAAAGAGAUGUGGAAAGAGCGCUAUGACAGACCCGCUUGCACUCCGACUAAGUACCUCCACCAAUUGAUGCUCUCCGUGCUUUCCGAUGACUCCAACCGACACCAUCAGCACUGCAGACCUAUCCCAUCCCCCAAGCAUGAGCCAAGGCUUCAAGAAAGGGUCAAGCAGGUCUGUUUAAGGAGCACAAAAAAGCAACAGCACUCAGGCAGCAAACCAACUCCUCAGAGGAAAACAAAAUGACAGUUAAAGGACCACUCUAGGCACCCAGACCACUUCAGCUUAAUGAAGUGGUCUGGGUGCCAGGUCCAGCUAGGGUUAACCCAUUUUUUCAUAAACAUAGCAGUUUCAGAGAAACUGCUAUGUUUAUGAAUGGGUUAAGCCUUCCCCUAUUUCCUCUAGCGGCUGUCUCAUUGACGGCCGCUAGAGGCGCUUGCGUGCUUCUCACUGUGAUUUUCACAGUGAGAGCACGCCAGCGUCCAUAGGAAAGCAUUAUGAAUGCUUUCCUAUGUGACCGACUGAAUGCGCGUGCAGCUAUUGCUGCGCGUGCGCAUUCAGCCACAUGGGAGGAGAAGAGGAGGAGAGGAGGCGGAGAGCUCCCUGCCCAGCGCUGGAAAAAGGUAAGUUUUAACCCCUUUCCCCCUUCCAGAGCCUAGCACUAUAGUGGUCCUUUAAGUUCAGUCAGUGUUUGAAUAUAUGACAGUUAUAAGGUCAGACAGAGUUUGAAUAUAUGACAGUUAUAAGGUCAGACAGAGUUUGAAUGUAACAAGGUAUUAAGGGUUUAACUGGUGUUCUAGGAGGGGAAGGGGGUGGGGGGAAUAAAACAGGGGUUUUCUUCACAUUUUAAAGCUGCAGACUGCUCCAAUAUAUUUAAAGGGGCAGACAGAGUACCUUAAAAUCCAAUAUGCCCAAAUAACGUUUUUAAAGGGAAAAAUCUUCCAGGGGCCAUAGUCGCAGGGCAGAAGGCUGACAAUUAGCCCUCUUCAGGCACAAGUGGCGAAGGGCACUUCGUCACAAGUGCAGGUAACUUAUUUAUUUUUUUUUCUAUGGUUUUUACUAUCAGUUUCAGUUUUACUUUUUGUUAUAUCCUCUGUUUAUAUUAUAGGUCUCACUCACACCACACUUAAGUCAGGCAUUACCACUAAAAACGCGGUAUACUUAUUAAAAUGGAGCUCGGCAAUCUUUAUUUUAAUAUGCAAAGCACAUCCACAGCGUUACACACCUUACACGUUCCCUGAGAAUAGUGAGACACAUCCAUAUGAGCAAAUACAUACCGCGGUUCUGGUAACAAAAACCACCUAGCCUGAAAUCAUCCUACCUCUCCGCAUGUCUACUUGAUGUACCGUGUUAAUCUUACUCUCUUCCAAUGUUACCAACCUAACAUUCUAGCCUGACACUUAAUUUUUCUAGGGACACCAUGAUAGUCCAAAUGUGAAGCAUCAGACUCACCACCUUGCUGUAAAACCCUGCCUCUCAUGCUCCCUAGUCGCUAAUCGGACUCACAUACUUAUCACAAGGGGCCUUAUGGGACUGACUCCAUCUACCGACAAGAGCCCUCUAUUAAGCUAUAAGCUAGCUGCACAUUGACUAUCUUUCAUGCACAGUUCUUUUAAGCUUUUCAACUUCACCACAGUGGAUCAUACUAAACCUGCUUGGUUACAAAAGAAAACGUGCAACGCAAGCAUCAAGCUACAGAUACACGCAGGCUCUCACAUACCACUCCUGUCAUAAUACAACUUUAGCUACAGACAUGUUGGUUUACACACUCUAAUUUAACUAUUACCAACAACACCUGUUCACAUAACUUUAAAAUGUGCAGUACCUACAAUUGCCAUAUUACUGUCUUAAACUAUAUACCAAUGUGAUGAUUGUUAACACUGUUGUGGCGAUGAACACCUGCCUGUAACUUUUGCACACAAAAAUAAAGAAUUAUAAAAAAGAAAAUAGCAACAUGUUAAAGCACAAAAUACGCCAAAUAAGAUACACUGGAGUGUCUACUGUCAAUGGUUGGCCUGUGUGGGAUAACUUGAACAAACUGCUUUUUUUAUUACAAUGCAUGUAAAGUAGUAAAAUAUCAAUUAGACCUAAAGCACAUGUGCAGCAAGUUCUGCAUUCACAUUAGGACAUAUCUAUAUCUAUAUCACACCUCACCUAGGCAAAAAAUAGUGGGGGUUUAGUUACAUUAUAUGAUCAUAUAUUGCAUAAGCCUGCCACACAGUCAGUGUACCCCAUCUUUGGCAGGUCCUAUCCUAGCAGCCUAAUGCUUGCUCUUGUGAGAUUAAUCCACUUACCGUAUAUACUCAAGUACAAGCCGAGUUUUUCUGCACAUUUUUUUGUGCUGAAAAAGCCCCACUCAGCUUGUACUCAAUUCAAUGUCUGUAUUAUGGCAACUUACAUUGCCAUAAUACAGACAAGGACCGCCGGGCUCAUUACAAGCCCAGCGGUCCUGUUGGGGGCUGGCAGAGAGCUGUAACUUACCUUUCCUGCAGCUCCUGUCAGCUCCCUUCUCCUGCGUUCUGGUCAGCUCCCACUGUAAAUCUCACAAGAGCCGUGGGGUCAGAGCGUUGCCACAGGUUACCGUGGCAACGCUCCACGCGGCAGUCACACCGUGAGACUUACAGUGGAGCUGACCGGAACACAGGAGAAGGGAGCUGCAGGAAGGGUUAGUUACAGCUCUCUGCCAGCCGCCCUCCUACACAGCCCAUCCACUGGACCAACAGGGAAUGAGAGCCCCCCUCCCUGGCCAGCUAACAAGCAGGGAGGGGGGACGAAAAUAAAUAAAUAAAAAUUUAAAUAAUAAUACAAAUUUCCAACCACCCCACCAAGGCUCUGCAUCAUACACACACACACUGCAUUAUAUACACACACUGUAAAUAAAUAUUCAAUUAAUAUAAUUUUUUGGGGAACUAAUUUUAUUUAGAAUUUUACCAUUAGCUGCUGCAUUUUCCACCCUAGUCUUAUACUCAAGUCAAUAAGUUUUCCCAGUUUUUUUAGGGGGGAAAAAUUAGGGGUCUCUACUUAUAUUCGGGUCGAUUUAUACUCGAGUAUAUACGGUACUUGGGAAAUACUUCCUUCCUGGGACUCUCUGCAAGUCAAGGCUAAAUAAACCCCCAUUAUUUUUUACCUAGGUGAGGUGUUUUUAAAUAAAACUAUUACAAUCUCUAAGAUUUGAAAAUCAUUGUUUAGUGAAUAAGCGAGUGCGCUGGAUUCUGUAUUUUGUAUAUUUUGGCCCCACCAGCACCCUAUAAUGUAUGCAUGUUCAGGUGAGUGCAGCCCUCCUGGUUUUGUGUGUGUGUGUGUAUGUAUGUAUGUAUGUAUGUAUGUAUGUAUCCUGGAGUUGUGGGAGGGGCUUGGUUCACCUUUAAAAGGGCUGCCAAUCCACUCCCACCUUACCGUUGCUGGACUGAUGAGUCUGAAACGUUUACUUCCGGUUCAGACCGCCAUCUUGGAAUUUUCCUUACCUGUUCCCUCGUGGUCUCCUGGUCCGGUGCUUCCCUGACUCUCCUUCCCGUUGCCGGCGUCCGCACAGCCCGCUCAUUACUUCUCCUUCACGAAAACCGUAAGUCAGGCCCGCCUUAAAGCAACCACUGCAAUUCCCUUGCUUUACACGGCGGAGCCCCUUUCGGUUCAAACUGGCAUUCGGUUCGUUUCUUUUAAUCAUUAUGGCAUUCGCAUUAAAAUUCCCUCAGCUAAUCUCACGUUCACCUGUUCUAAAACUAACGAAUGAUAUAAUUCGGUUAGAUACGCAUAACAUCAAUCGGUUUGGUUUUCGAAUGUCAUUUAUGGUGUAUCUAUUCGCUUGUUGCUACACUCUACAUUACUCUUUCGGCAACUACACUAACUCGUAUAAGCACAAAUUCAGCCGGUACUCCAUGGGGAUUUUGCCCCUACUGGUUACAAACGUUAUUGCAGUCACUUUUAUAAAAUCUAUUAAUUAAAUAGGAAUGUUUUAAACCGGGAUGAUGGGUCCUGAUUUAUUUUAUUUUAUUUUAUUUAUUUAUUUAUUCCACAGAGUCAUACCAGUGGUUCGUACUGGGAAUUGUGAAUUCUGACACUGGUAUCAAUUAUUUCUUAUAGGUUGGUUGAUAUUUAAUUAUGCUUUUAAUCCCAAUGAUACACAUUAAAUUCGUUAAGCAUGUAUUUUACUCUUUUAUGUUAUUUUCCAUUGAACGGUAGCUUUUACAAGCACAAAAACCAUCAUCAUGGUCGUUAAAUCUACCCUCUGCAGUGACAAGUAGGUUCUUGUGUUUAGGGCCCACGAUCUGGCCCUUCCACUACGUUUCAGUCAGACAUUCAUAUAUCAAAUCUCAUGUCCACAGGUAAUCAUCUCGAGACUUUUACAGUCACUGGUUACUUCUACCUCGACAGCGCAACCUGACUCACAUAUCAGGUACUACGCCAGAACCCAUUUUUUUUUUUCUCUCUACCAUGUUCUUAUGUCAAAUAAUCCUGAUAUCCCUGAGGAACUCUCGCACACCUGCUAGGCCUGGUACCCCUGUUCCUGGAACAGACAUUGCCAGUCCCUCAUCUCUCAGAUCAUGGACCAUCCCACGUGUCACUGCAGAACUUAGAAGAUGCUGCAUCCCUUUCUCAGCUACUGCUAGGAAGGCCGAGUUGUUCAGACUUUUAAAUACGACCACUGACCACUCUGAUGCAGGGGAAGGCCCUAGUGGCACACAAUUGCCAACGUUUUAUGCCAUGAUGACUUCUCUCAUGUCAUCCAUCAGCAUAAUUAACGAUAGGCUGGAUAAAUUGGAAGCAAGUGGUACUAAACAGACCGCUAUGAACCCAAUUGUUGCCAGUCAUCCUCUGGCUGACAUAACUGGUAAUUCAUUGGUAUCAGUGUUGCUUAGUGAAGCUAUUAAUCCUUCACACAUAGUCCCAUCUCACCUGAAAAAGAACAUUCUGGAAGGCAAGGAUGUCAACUUGGUGCCAUUGCUUAUAGCCUCCCAGGAUGUCCUAGAGAAUAGGACUUUUGCAUAUGGGGAUAUAUCAGUUGUACUAAGGGCAAGAGACCCAAGGCUGAACAAAAAACUGUCAAUCCCUGAAUUUGUACUGGGUUGUGGGAUUUAUAGGGAUGUUUACUGCUCAGUAUACCCAGGGAAAAGUGCAGAGCUGGAUGCAUACAUGCACAAUAUGGUGGACCUGGGGCACAAAUACGGUGGUACCGCUUUUUAUGAUUACCACAGUUCCUUUUCUGCAAAGGUGGAUGCAGCUCUGGCUCAGUUCAAUUUAAGCAUUAAUUGGAGCAAAUUGGACACUGAGUUAUUCUGCAGGCAUUUUGCAGGCCUCAGGCCUCCAGCUUGUGCAGUAUGCGCAUCUACAGCACAUCACACAAAUCUCUGCCCAAACACAGCUGAGAUCGAACAGAACCAAUCUACCCCUAACUUUCCUAAAGCUGCCAGGGGAUUGAAAGACAAACUGGGGAGAGACAUUGUAUUCCUGGGUAAAUCCCAGGUAUGCCAUAACUUUAAUGCGGGCAAUUGUGGUUUCAGUUCUUGUAGGCUGAUGCAUGUAUGUUAACACUCUUUUAAGGCCCAUGCCAAAACUGUGUCCAAAUAAAGCAUUCCCCAAACCAUAUCACAAGUGUGUGAACGUCACAUUAUUGACCUCACUUUUACAGCUACAUCCUACACGUCAUUUCACUGACUAUAUUAUUUUGGGCAUGACUGAGGGAUUUCACAUUGGGUUGGUCCAUUUACCCUCCGGUACACUACAAUCCACAUUAGACGAUCCACAGUUGGUAAAAACUCUUAUCUCAACUGAGUUGGAACAAGGGUUUCUGUUGAGACCAUUCUUUUCCCCACCCUUCACUUCUUGGAGUACCAAUCCUAUAGGGGUGGUCACAGGGAAGACCUCACUCAAACCCAGACUGAUAAUUGAUUUAUCGGCACCACACUCCUCCACUCAUGCUAUACAUACGACUUCUGUUGACCAGGCUUGGCCUAAACCCCAAUCAAUUUUCAGGUCACUCUUUCCGUAUAGGAGCAGCAUCUUCCGCAUCCACUAACCACAUACCCGCUCAUAUUAUUAAGGCUAUGGGACGCUGGAAAUCCUCCGCCUACACACUCUACAUACCCAAUCCUGUUAAAGAAUUAAGACAAGCUUUUUGUGACUUAUCUCAAUAAACAAAGUUGGUUCACGAAUUAUGUUUUCUGGUUAUCUUCUUUUUGCCCACUUUUAUUACAGGCCUACUGCUUUGUUGGUUCCGGCACACCACAACCGACUGGUGCAUACUUAUGGAUGUUAUGAUUGUAUUAUGCUAAGAUUUCUCUGUUCAGCCAUAUUGCUAUAUAUCUCUAUCUCUGAUUAUGCAAGGCAUUUAUACAAAAUGUAUUUAAUCUAAGUGGACAUCUUGACUUACCAUUUGUUUUUGUUUGCUUGUUCUUUUUUUGUUUAGUUUUUUGCUGGCAGCUCACUUGUAAAUAAGUUAAUGCCAGUUUAUUUCUAUUAAGCAACCAUAAUUAUUCAUUUAUUUCUGUAGGUCAAAGAUGUAACCGUCCAGAGAUUGCAGAUGGACAGUUAUAUUACUACUAUUAUUUUCCAAAGCAAUUAGGAACAUAUAUCAAUUAUCGGUGUAGUGAUGGAUUUCUGCCACAGGACAAAAGAUACUAUGGCAGAUCCUAUUGUACUGAAAAUGGAUGGAAUCCUAAACCCAAAUGUACAAGUAAGGAAUAUAUAUAUUUUUUUUCUUCUCGAUUGUUAAUCAGAGCUUUUCAUGUACAAUUUUCCCUCUGCAAUUAUUUAUAUUUAUAAACUCUAUGUAUAUUUCACAAGUAUGCACUUUAUUAAUUUAAUUAAUUUGAAAUAUUACAUUUCACACAUGGCACCUAUGUAGAUUUAAGAUCAUUUAAGUUAUAUAUUGUAAUAUGUUUUGAAAAAAAUACAGAAAUAAAACAUAAUUGCAUUUUUUUAUCUAACUCCAGGCAUUCUUUACUAAAUAUCAUGAACUGGAGGGAGACUUACUAAAUUCAUAAAUGUGCCAUAAAAUGCCAAUAUUUUCUCAGAAUUAAAAUCUCUACCUAUUAGUUCCCUAAUUAGUCAGUUGUGGGGCUUCCUCAAUAUACAUUGUAUAGGAGAACCCUAUAAAACUUUUAUAAACAAAAACAUAAAAACUCACUGCAGGACUGAAAAGAAGAAAAGAACACAAUUGAAAAUUAUGCUAACUUCAGUGUACUAAUAAUCUUAAUUUUAACAAUGACAGGAGGUGAGUAUUUUGGAUAAUCUCUUUACUAGCUCCACACAGCAGCAAAGAAUCACAUAGAAGAAAGAAUCAAUCACAAGAAAGUAGGAUGUACAUAAGGCAUAGUGACCUCAUCACUUCCUCUUCCAGAAAGCGACAUCAAGCGGAAGUAAACAUAUAACCAGCAAUAACAAUAACUCCUAAGUCCAACAUCCGAAGGAGCAAACUUCCCCGUGAAUUCCACACAAGCAACGAAAAAGUGUUCAGGGGCAAAUGAAAUCCAAAGGAUUAAAAUUCCAGAGAGUUUCACGCGAACAAUCGAAUAUCUUCAGAGACUAAAUAAACUGAAAAGAGAAUGUGUGACCGGUUUAGGCCCAUAGUCAUGAACAUGUUAAUCCAAACAUCAUCCCAUAGAAGAAAAUUGUAAAUUACAAUUAAAAUUUGAAUAACUAUUAUGUAAAAGUCCAAUGAGAAUUCCAGAUUAUUGGAAAUACAAUCAUCAAUGUAAGUACAAAACAUGAGAGGCAAACCUAUCAGAAAGGGUGGGUUAGCAAAGCAGGGAGGGAAAUACUCGCCUCCUGUCAUUAUUAAAAUUAAGAUUAUUAGUACACUAAGGCUAGCAUAAUCUUCAAUUUUACAACAUGACAGGAGGCUUCGUAUUUUGCAUUUUUAACGCUGAGAAAAGAAUAGAAAACUAAGUAAGAAUCCUAAAGUGCGACGAGAGACCUAGUACGUCGGGGCCACAGCUCUGACAUAGCACUUAUCUGUGCUCAAACAGUUAAUUUAAGGUUAUGGGAGAUAUUCCUUAAGCAGCAUUUCCUGGAAAUCUUGUCCAGCAAUUAACAGAGGCUGCAGCAGCCAGUCUCCAUACAGUAGCAAAGUGUAGUGAAAUAUAUAGUAGGGGCCUCACCCACAGGGUAUUAAUCUGUGCUCAAACAGUUAAUUCAAGAUUAUGUGAGAUGGUCCUUAAAGGGACACUCCAGGCACCAGACCACUUCUGCCCACUGGAGUGGUCUGGGUGCCAACUCCCACUACCCUUAACCCUGCAAGUGUAACUAUAACAGUUUUCAUAAACUGCAAUAUUUACCUUGCAGGGUUAAUUCCUCCUCUAGUGGCUGUCUGUGUUUAUAGCACAUGAAAAGUGUGCUAUAACGUCGCUGGACGUACUCACGCUAUGUGAGGAUCUCCAGCGUUGCUGAAAUCCCCAUAGGAAAGCAUUUUUUAAUGCUUUCCUAUGUGGAGGUCUAAUGCAUGAGGUCUCCACCGCUGGCGGCCGCACAUGCUCAAUAGGUCUCCCACGCCAGAUAACGUCAGCGGGGGAGGAGCAUGGGCGGACCCUGAACCAACGCCGAGGGACAUCGGCGCUGGAUACAGGUAAGUCACUGAAGGGGUUUUAACCCCUUCAGCAACAUGGGAUGGGGGCGGUAGGGAGAGGGGACCUGCAGUGCCAGGAAAACAGUUUGUCCCUUUAAGCAGCAUGUCCUGGAAAUCCUGUCCAGCAGUAAACAGAGGCUGUAACAGCAUGUCUCCAUUCAGUAGGAGAGUGCACUGAAAAUACACUAGGGGGCAUACCCCUUGAGUGCAGACCACAGUCCUGACACAGAGCACUGAUCCAUACUCUAAUCGUUAAUCAGCGAUGUCUCACGAGUACAAUAGUAUCCCCCAUUAACAGGUUUUAUGGUGUUUUGGAAAGUUACAGGGUCAAAUAUAGAACGUUCCAUUUUCAAAUUGAAAUUUGCCAGAUUAGUAAUGUUACCUUUGAGAUGGUGUGGUAGCCCAGGAAUGAGAAUUACUCCCAUAAUGGCAUACCAUUUGAAAAAGUAGACAACCCAAGGUAUUAGAAAAAACAGAAAAAAAAUCAGCGCUAAAUGGCCACAGUAAAAAAAGGCUGCACUCCUUAAAAGGGAAUCCCCUAUAAAUCCCUAAUAGUUGAAAAAGACAAGACAAACAGUACAGUAAGGAUGCGCCUAAAAUAUAUACUCAAAAUUAUAAAAUACAAUAAAUAAUAAAACAAAAUAUAUAAAAUAUAAAAAUGGUUGGCAAUAGUCCAAAACUUAUCAAAGUUCGUGAUGGAAGAUCCCACGUGAGACAAAGGAAAAUUCUUAGAAUGUAGGGUGAGGUCAGAUCUUCAUUCAAUGGAGCAUAUGUGGAGAGAAAAAAGUACAGGACUCCAAUGGUACAGUAGGUAGGUAUGUUGAGAAUAAAAUAAUAAAAUAAGUCUUACUCACACUUUUCAGAGCUGAGGAUCCAGCUCUGAUGUAAUGCACGUAAAGUGGAAUGAUCCCCUCUCGAGGAUAUGUGGAGUAGAUGACAAUUGGCGAUUCUCUAGUACACGUACGGCUUCCAAAUUCCAGACCCAGAAGGAAAGAAUAAAAUAUAUAGUGCUCUCUGUAUUGUGAUAAAAGGUUAAGAAGUAUAAAAUGUAUAUUACUCACAUUCUUUUGAGCAGAUGUAUACUGCUCACUAUAGGCGCUUAGGUGGUAUAAUCCCCACGUAUGGAUUCUUUAUAUUUCUUCUAAAAUUAGACAAUAUAGGUAGUCAGGUGAAAGGAAAAAAGAAGAAAAAAUGGCAAUAAAGUGUUUUAUGUCAAAAAUUCUUUAUUAUAAACGUAUUAAAAUGAUAUCUAGACGCGUUUCGCCCCAAGGGCUUCUUCAAGUAGAUAAAAGUAAAAAAGGGAGGGCACACCUGACAUACAGAGGUUUAUAUAAGGUACAAUAGAACUGGAGAUUUAAAAUUCCCGCCAAAAUGACGUCAUCACAAACGUCUGAAUUUGAUAUAAACAAAAACAGUAAUUUGCCAUAUGGUUAUAUUCACAGAAUGAAUAUGAGAUAGAUACAGUACUUUAUAUAAAAAAACGAAAGUUAUAAAUACUAAAAAAACCUAAUUGAAAACGAUCACGUGACGCGCGAUUAGAAACACUUCCGCGUCACGUGAUGUUAGAUGGAACGCAUGCGUUCCGUUAGUAUGGAACGCGUGCAUCAUGUAAGGGGAGGUAGAUUCUCCCAAAUAGUCAGAAAAGCCUGCCGAGCAGAGAAAAGACUAUCUGCUCGCAACAGCAGGCAGACAGUCACAACGGCAGCACUUAGAACUCACUGCUUGUCUGCACAAGCAGGCAAGCAGCGAGUGUGCAAUAAACUGUGGGUUCAAAACUUAUUAUAAGCAGCAUUGGCAGAAAACAAUAUAUAUAUAAUGGCAUAGAAGUACAGACUUACAAAAUACAGACAGCUAAAAAAACAUUAUCAUUAUGAAAUAUCCAUAUAAUGCUGUGGAAAUACAGUCUUUCAAAAAAUAGUGUAUCCAUAACAUAAUAAAAUGAUAAUAUAUAGAUAAUAAAUAAAUAUAGUAUAACAUUUUUAAAAAGAUAUACAGGCACUGAAUAUAAAAAAUUAAAAAUAAAAUUAAAAUAAGAAGGGAAUAAAAGUUGAAAAUAUAUAUGGAUUAUAAAAAAUUAAAAAGAUCAAAAUCAAUAUUCAGACCAAUUGGGGCAAGAGUUUUUAAAUUAUAUGCCCAUUCCAUUUCUUUUUUGCCAAGAACUUUUUUAAUAUCACCGCCUUUCCAUGGGACAUUACAUAUAUCUAUGCCCAAACACUUAAGAUAUUUUGGAUUCUUUCCAUGUUGUAAAAAGUGUUUUGAAACAGAAUGAUUCUCAUAGCCUUUUAAAAUAUUCCUACAGUGUUCAGCUAGUCUUGUUUUUAAAUCUCUGGUGGUCAUACCCACAUAUUGUAGUCCACAUGGACAUUCCAGAAGGUAAAUUACGUUUUUAGUAUUACAAUGGAUAAAAUGUUUUAUUUGAUAUAUUUUCUGUGUAAUUGUAGAUGUGAAUGAGGUAGUUUUGGAUUUAAUGAUAUUACUCGUACGUUUACAAACAAUGCAUCUAUUGCAUUUAAAAAAAACGCUUGGUUUAUUCAAAAAGGUAGAGGGACUAGGGGGUAAGGUGCUGUGCUUAUGUUUGGUAUAGUUACUUGUAAGGAUGGACUUAAAGCUGGGUGCCCCCCUAAAUAUAACUUGUGGUUUCUCGGGGAUAAUUCCAGCCAAAGUCUCAUCUUCUUUUAAUAUAUGCCAAUGUUUCUUUAUAAUCUUCUUCAUAACAUUGCUUUUGUUAUUGAAGUCGAAAAUAAUUGGCAAUACUGGGGCGGUGUUUAUUUCUUUAUUUGCUUUAUAUUCUAAAAGUUCAGAUCUAUUGGUUCCACUAAUAUUUUUUAAUGUCUGGUCUAAAUUGCUUCUAGGAUAAUUCUUUUGAGAAAAUUUAUUGGACAAUAAUUUAGACUGUUCUUCAAAAUCUUGUAAAAGGGAACAGUUUCUACGUAAACGAAGAAACUGGCUUUUUGGUAUCCCUUGGAGCCAUGUUUUAUGGUGACAAGUGGACACAUCAAUUACAUUAUUAGUACAUACCUUCUUAAAAAAAGUCUUAGUAUGGAUUUGAUCAUUUUUAAUAAAAAUCUCUAAAUCUAAAAAAUUAAUAGAGGAUUUACUAUAAUCCCAUGUUAAAAUAAUACCUUUGUCAUUAUUAUUGAGAUGUUGUAAAAACUGAUUAAGAGAGUCUUCUGGGCCAUCCCAAAUAAAAAACAGGUCAUCAAUGUAUCUGAAAUAUGUGACCAGGCUUGUCCGCCAGCCAUGCCCUCCCAAAAUGGCAGUGGAUUCCCAAUCUGCCAUAAAAAGGUUGGCAUAGCUGGGGGCAAACCUGGUCCCCAUAGCAGUACCCUGUUUUUGUAAAUAAAAAGAAUCUAAAAACCAAAAAUAAUUAUUGUUUAAAAUAAUAUUAAUACCCUGGAUAAUAAAAUCUAUUUGUAGGUCAGGGAUAUUUUUUUCGACUUUUAAAAAUUUUUCAACUGCUAAACAGCCUUUUUUGUGACAAAUAAUGGUAUAUAAAGAUUGUACAUCACAGGUCACUAGAACGUAUGUAUUUUAACAUUUAAAAGUGUUUACUCUGUUUUUUAAAGACAUUGAAUCUUUUAGAUACGACUUCAUACGUUUCACUGAAGGUUGUAAAAGAAUGUCUAGAUACUCAGAUAAAUUUGAUAAAAUAGAAUUAAUCCCUGAUACAAUAGGCCUACCUGGAGGAUUAUUAAUAUCUUUAUGAAUUUUCGGUAAAAAAUAUAUGACAGGGAUGAUGGGAUGGGAUACAUUAAGAUAUUCAAAUUCGUGUUUACUUAAAAUAUUUAGUUCGCAACCAUUGGUUAAAAAGGAGGUUAAAAUUUGUUGGAUUUUAAAUAAAAAAAAAAGAAAAAAGAGCGCAACACAUGGGACAAAGGUACUCAUUAUUAGCUGUUUGGAAUGCAUGGGACCUGCGAGUCCGCAUCGUUCAUUGGGGCCUGCGAGCCCAAAAGCAAAUACUUUAUGUUGUUGUUUCCAGGGACCUGCGAGUCCCAUACCCCCACCCCUUGCCUAUUUUUGUUGAAAAUACGUUGCAAAUACAUUAAUAAAAAUCAUAUUUAAAAAAAAAAAAAAAUUUGUUGGAUUUUAGCUGUGGGGUCUUGUACUAACUUUUCAUAAACUGUAGAAUCAUUUAAUUGUCGCAUAGCUUCGUUUAUAUACAUUUCUUUGGUUAAAAUAACUAUACCACCCCCCUUAUCUGCGGGUUUUAUGAUAAUACUAUCGUCCUUUUGUAAUUGUUGUAAUGCUUUUCGCUCUAAGUAUGUAAGAUUAUCUUGAUCAAAUUUAUUUUUAUGGAUUUUUUCUAAAUCUUUAGUAACUAGUUUUUCGAAAACUUCUAAGGGGCCUGAUUUAAAACUAGAAGGAAAAAAAGUCGAAUUUUUCUUUAAUGAGGUAGAUAAUUUUAGGUGAUCCUGAUGAUGAGGUAGUCUGCAGUUGUGAGAUAGGGGCUUCUACAUGCUUACACGCAAAACAUCUUUUAAGAGUGGCUUUUCUGACAAAUGUAUUAAUGUCUAUAAAAGCCUUAAAAGGUUUGAAGGGAUUCGUAGGAGCAAAUUUUAGGCCUUUUGUUAAAACUGAUAUUUGCGUAGAAGUUAAAACCUUUUGAGAUAGGUUAAAAAUACCAAGAUCUUUAUCAUUAGUUUGAUUUAUUGUCUUUCUAGCCUUUCUCUUUUGGAAUCUUCUGCCACUUCUCCUUCUUCUAAAUUCAGACUUCGUUUUUUGGUUUUUAUAGGAUAUGGCGUUAGUGCGUGUGCAUUGUUUUGUGUGCAAAGCUCUAAAAAAUAAUCAUCAUUAUCUGUUUCGGAAUCUACAGACAAUAAUUGGAAUCUGUUGUUAUGAACAUAGUUCGGAGGGGAUCGUUUACCUUCAAAGUGUCUUUGUGCAAAUCUUGGUCUUUGAGUUUUGGGUGUGAUACUUUUCUCAUUUUGGUACAUACCUGGGGAGUGAUUAGUGUUACUGGUGUGAUUAAUGUGAUUCUGUAUAGGUAACUGUGAGCUGCGAUAUUGGUGAGAUGGGUGUGAGUGCCUAGGUUGAGUUUGAUAGUGUUGGUAUUUAUUAGUAGUGUGUAACCGGUUGGAGUAAUAGUUACGUGAUGAAGUAAAGGGUUGUUUCUUCAUAGACGGGUGAGGUAAAUAUUGUAAGUUUCUUUUUGGUACGUAAUUUUGGUGUGUUUUAAAUAUGUGAUCAUUUUGAUAGGUAUUGGAAGAUGGGUAGGUGACAUUAUCUGAGGUAUUUCUUUUACCAAGAUUUGCACAAAGACACUUUGAAGGUAAACGAUCCCCUCCGCAAAUGUUCGCGAACCGGCGAACCGCGCGAACCGCCAUAGACUUCAAUGGGCAAGCGAAUUUUAAAACACACAGGGACUCUUUCUGGCCACAAUAGGGAUGGAAAAGUUGUUUCAAGGGGACUAACACCUGGACUGUGGCAUGCCGGAGGGGGAUCCAUGGCAAAACUCCCAUGGAAAAUUACAAAGUUGAUGCAGAGUCUGCUCUAAAUCCAUAAAGGGCAGAAAUCACCUAACAUUCCUAAGUCACACUGAAUAUGGAUUGACACCUGACAUAUGACAUAUUGACACCUUGACAUAUGGAUUGACACCUGUCCUCAGAGCCCCUGAUACACACUGACACAGAGCAGAAUAGAGACUGUUCCCCCUACAUAGGGUCACUUGGCAGAUAUGGAUUGACACCUGUGCUCAGAGCCCCUGAUACACACUGACACAGAGCAGAAUAGAGACUGUUCCUCCUACAUAGGGUCACUUGGCAGAUAUGGAUUGAUACCUGUCCUCAGAGACCAUGAUACAGAGCAGAAUAGAGACUUUUCCCCCUUCAUAGGGUCACUUGGCAGAUAUGAAUUGACACCUGUCCUAAGGAUCCCUGAUACACACUGACACAGAGCAGAAUAGGGACUGUUCCCCCUACAUAGGGUCACUUGGCAGAUAUGGAUUAACACCUAUCCUAAUGAUCCCUGAUACACACUGACACCGAGCAGAAUAGGGACUGUUCCCCCUACAUAGGGUCACUUGGCAGAUAUGGAUUGACACCUGUCCUCAGAGACCAUGAUACACACUGACACAGAGCAGAAUAGGGACUGUUCCUCCUACAUAGGGUCACUUGGCAGAUAUGGCGUGGUCGUGGGAGGAGGAGGAUGACUUUCACCUCUUCCCCUGUUAGAUUCCCGUUGUGCUGUGACAUCACCCUUAUACGCUGUGUAAAGCAUACUUUUUAAUUUAUUUUGCAAAUGCUGCAUCCUUUCCGACUUGUAAUUUGGUCACAUUUCCGCCACUGUCUGCUUAUAGCGGGGGUCUAGUAGCGUGGAUUGACACCUGUCCUCAUAGACCAUGAUACACACUGACACAGAGCAGAAUAGAGACUGUUCCCCCUACAUCGGGUCACUUGGCAGAUAUGGAUUGACACCUGUCCUAGGGAUCCCUGAUACACACUGACACAGAGCAGAAUAGGGGCUGUUCCUCCUACAUAGGGUCACUUGGCAGAUAUGGAUUGACACCUGUCCUCAGAGCCCCUGAUACACACUGACACAGAGCAAAAUAGGGACUGUUCCUCCUACAUAGGGUCACUUGGCAGAUAUGGAUUGACACCUGUCCUCAGAGACCAUGAUACACACUGACUCAGAGCAGAAUAGGGACUGUUCCCCCUACAUCGGGUCACUUGGCAGAUAUGGAUUGACACCUUGUUACAAACUGCUAUUUGUAGCGGGCCCUUUAAAUGGCAAAUUGCCCUGCUUCCCUGGGUUGUGGAGAAGCCUACUUGCCAGCCUCCUCCCGCAUGACUAUGGCCCCUGGGAGAUGGUGAAAAUGUAUGCACUUUUAUUGGGUGUGUAUGGUCCUUUAAGUGGGCAUAUUGUGGCUUAUGGACUCUUUAUGGGACUGGUGCUGGCCCUUUAAACACCUUUUUGGGACAUCAGGAAGAUUGGGACACUGCCCUUUAAGACGGUGUCCCCAGACUUGUUUGGGACACUGCCCCUUUAAGAUGAUGUCCCCUGUGUCCCCAGACCUGGUUAAAACUUUUUGUGCCUGGCUAUUUCCCACUUGGUUCAGUAAAUGGGGCUUACUGAACCAAGUACCACACAGGCAGACCACCCAGAAGUGGAAGUGUGCGGGCAAUUUACCUCCCAGAAGCUGCGGUUAACCGCAGCUUAAUUGACAAUGCUGGGAGGUCUUUGUUCGUUUGCCGAACACGUGGCGGCGGCCAUCUUUGAUCAUUCAACGAGGUCAGCGGUAUGUGUAGCCAAAUUCAUGGAACUAAAAUCGGCUACACAUUUCCGUGAACACCGCUGAGCUCUACCUUCUCCCCUACUGGUUUUACAGCUGCAGAGACUAAGUCCCAUUCGGCGAUGGGACUUAGUCGUUUUUUCAGCCUGAAAUAGACCGACCGCACAGCCCCAAUCUAUGGAACUGUUUUGGGCAGGAAAAUGUGCUUGCGGUCGGUCAUAAAGGGACCUCCAGCUAACUUUUUAACCCUGGAUGGAUUUGGCUGAUUUUUGGUUAUGUUUAUGUUUUAAGUGUGCUGAUUCCAAAUAUGUAAUUAUGAAGAUGGGAUGUGUAGUUUUAAAGUUACAGGUGUAUGGCUAAAAACUGUAUUUUUACUGCCUGUGUUUAAUUAUGUUAAUCUCUUCCCAAACGUCAUUUCGUUCAAAGUGGAGAGAAUGUUAAAAAAAUAUAUUUUUGUUCGGAGUGUGAGAAAUGCUUUUCAGCCGCUUCUAAUCUUAAGCAUCAUUUGAGGAGCCAUACAGGAGAGAAACCUUAUUUGUGGUGUGUUUAGUAUUGUUCUGAUCAGUUUAAUACCUUCCGCGUCUCCUAUCAGUGGACGUGUAUAUGGCAGCCAUUUUAGGAACCGUACACCUGGGACCCGAGCAAGGUCACCUCGUUCAACAGGCUUGCAGCGUAUCCUCCAGGAAGAAGAGCCUGAACCCUUACCGGCUGCACGUGUCUUACCUGUACAUGGAAAGCUCUCUGGUUCCUUGAUGAGCCAGCUGCCCGUGAGUUAACAUGUCCCGUGGAGAAGCACUCUGUCCUGUAAAGCCUCACCAAAAAAAAGGAGUGGUGUGUUUAGUAUUGUUCUGAUCAGUUUAAUACCUUCCGCGUCUCCUAUCAGUGGACGUGUACACAGCAGUGAUUUCUGUAACAGGGAGAUGGAAGAAGAUGCUUGGUCGGUCCUCCUAACUGGAGACUGUGUUGCUGUACGGGUGGCAGGUGGAGCCAUUUAUAAAGUACACACUGCUUUGCAGACCAGGUAUCAGUGGUCAGAUGGACCCUUGCCCCAAUUACUUCCUUUUGCACAGUCGAGUACAGGUUGGGGAUUGCCUUUUGCGCAAAGAAAUUUUGUCCGGGUACCUUCUACUGCGGUGUGCCAAUAGCUACAAUUUUUUUGAACGCCUCAGACUCCACCAGAUUGUAUGGUAAAAGCUGGCGGGCUAAUAGUUCGGACAAGCCAGCGGUCAGACGCUGGGAAAGGGGGUGACUUUCUGACAUUGUCUUCUUACGCUCAAACAUGUCCUUGACAGACACAUGACUGUGGGAAGAGGAGCGUGAACUGCUCAAGGCGGGAGGCGGAGUGGCGGAUGGUUGAGAGGGGACAAGGAGGACAGCAGUGGUUGACGUGGCUGAAGAUGCUGGACCAGGAGGAGGCUGGCGGCUUAGAGUAGGCGAGCUGCUUGUACUCAUGUGUUGAUCCCAUAGGCGUUUGUGAUGUGAGAUCAUGUGCCUACGCAAAGCAGUUGUACCUAGGUGGGUGUUGGACUUCCCACGACUCAGUUUCUUUUGGCACAGGUUGCAAAUGGCAUCGCUGUUGUCAGAGGCAGACACACAAAAAAAAUUCCACACUGCUGAGCUCUGCAAUGACGGCAUUCUGGUGGUGGACACAGCAUGCGUUGAUUGGCGUGCUGUCGGGCUGACCCCAGGUGCCGAUGCAUGCUGUCUGACUGUGCCACUAGCUCCUUGCGACGACCUCCCCCUGCUUCCAACUCGUCUCCUCCUCCUCCUCUCUGUCUCCCCAUCUGAACUUUCGUCCUGUUCUUCUUCUUGCCGAGCGGGCACCCACGUGACAUCCAUGGACGCAUCGUCAUCAUCAACCGCUUCACUUGUAUCUGACAAUUCAGCAAAGGAAGCAACAGCCGGUACAACAUCAUCAUCAUCACACUGUACGUCCAUGUGUGUAAUGCUGCCUGCCUGAGACAUAUCCCUGUUAUCUACAUCCUCUGGCAAUAAUGGUUGCGCAUCACUCAUUUCUUCAAACGGAUGUGUGAUACUCCUCCAGGGCCGCCAUCAGGGGGUGACAACCAUAACGGUUGUCACGGGCCCGGCGGCCCUGGGGGGCCCGGCCGCCCGGGCCCCACAUGUGGGGCCCAUCGGGUGGCCCACACACUUAGGGCCACCCGAUGGGCCCUAUAUCUUCAGUGGCCCGGUCAGCGCUGUGGCCGCGACCGGGCCCCUUUAAAAAAAAAAAAAAGCCGCAAGUGCUGCUGGGAGGAAGUGGUCACUUCCUCCCAGCCCACUCCGCGCGGGAGGAGCGCGCGCGCCGGUGAAGAGGGAGAGCCAGGCAGUGAAGAGGGAGCCGCGCCGACUCCCAUCAUCCCCAGCCACCCUCCUGCAAAGAAAUGGUAAGAGACAGGAGGGUGGCUGGAAAAUGAGCUGUGUGUGUGUCUGCAUGCAUGUCUGUCUGUAUGUGUAUGUCUAUGUCUGUCUGUAUGUGUAUGUCUGUCUGUAUGUCUCUGUAUGUAUAUCUGUCUGUCUGUCUGUAUGUGUAUGUCUGUCUGUAUGUCUCUGUAUGUAUAUCUGUCUGUCUGUAUGUGUAUGUCUGUCUGUAUGUCUCUGUAUGUAUAUCUGUCUGUCUGUAUGUGUAUAUCUGUCUGUAGGCAUGUAUGUAUAUGUAUGCCUGUCUGUAUGCAUGUAUGUCUGUAUUUCUGUCUGUGUAUGUAUGUGUAUGUCUGUAUGUAGGCAUGCAUGAAUGUCUGUCUGCAUGCAUGUAUGUCUAUGUAUGUAUGUCUGUGUGUGUAUGUAUGUAUGUGUAUGCCUGUCUGCAUGUAUGUCUAUGUCUGUCUGUAUGCAUGUAUGUCUGUCUGUGUAUGUAUGUCUGUAUGUAUGUGUAUGUCUGUAUGUCUGUAGGCAUGCAUGUAUGUCUGUCUGUGUAUGUAUAUCUGUCUGUAUGUGUAUGUGUCUGUCUGCAUGCAUGUAUGUCUAUGUAUGUCUGUGUAUGUAUGUCUGUGUGUCUGUAUGCAUGUAUGUCUUUGUCUGUCUGUAUGCAUGUAUGUAUGUAUGUCUGCCUGUCUGUGUAUGUAUGUCUGUAUGUAUGUCUGCCUGUAUGUAUGUAUGUAUGUAUGUAUGUGUAUGUCUGUCUGUAGGCAUGCAUGUAUGUCUAUGUAUGUAUGUCUGUGUGUGUAUGUAUGUAUGUGUAUGCCUGUCUGCAUGUAUGUCUAUGUCUGUCUGUAUGCAUGUAUGUCUGUCUGUGUAUGUAUGUCUGUAUGUAUGUGUAUGUCUGUAUGUCUGUAGGCAUGCAUGUAUGUCUGUCUGUGUAUGUAUAUCUGUCUGUAUGUGUAUGUGUCUGUCUGCAUGCAUGUAUGUCUGCAUGUGUAUGUAUGUAUGUGUAUGCCUGUCUGCAUGUAUGUAUGUCUGUGUAUGUAUGUCUGUGUGUCUGUAUGCAUGUAUGUCUUUGUCUGUCUGUAUGCAUGUAUGUAUGUAUGUCUGCCUGUCUGUGUAUGUAUGUCUGUAUGUAUGUCUGCCUGUAUGUAUGUAUGUAUGUAUGUAUGUGUAUGUCUGUCUGUAGGCAUGCAUGUAUGUCUAUGUAUGUAUGUAUGUCUGUGUAUGUAUGUCUGUCUCUGUAUGUAUAUCUGUCUGUAUGCAUGUAUGUGUAUGUAUGUAUGUCUGUCUGUAUGCAUGUCUGUAUGUGUAUGUCUAUGUUUGUCUGACUGUAUGCAUGCAUGUAUGUCUGUCUGUAUGUCUGUCUGUAUGUAUGUCUGUAUGUCAGUAUGAAUGUAUGCCUGCAUAUCAUUAUAAACGUAUGUGUGUAUGGAUGUCUGUAUGCAUGUAUGUCUGUCAGUAUGUCUGUAUAUAUGCAUGUAUGUCAGUCUGAAUGUAUGUAUGUAUGUAUGUAUGUCUGUAUGCCCUUAUGAAUGUAUGUCUGUUAAUGUCUGUAUGCCAUUAUGAAUGUAUGUGUGUAUGGAUGACAGUGUCUGUAUGUCUGUCAGUAUGUCUGUGUGUGUGUAUGUAUGUAUGUAUGUCGGUGUAUGUAUGUAUGUGUCUUUAUGUCUUCAUGCAUGUGUGUCUGUAUGUAUGUUAGUAUGUGUCUGUCUGUCACUAUGUAUGCCUGUGUGUAUGUCUCAGUAUGUAUGCCUGUAUGCGUGUAUGUCUGUUUCAGUAUGUGUGUCUGUUAGUAUGUAUCUCUGUCUUUUUGUAUCAGUGUGUGUGUUUGUGUCUGUGUGUGUAUUCCUGUGGGCGGUAUUUGGAGGUGGACCCAGUGGGCGGUAUUUGGAGGCGGGCCCCACGGGGCCCAGACCCUGAGCUGAGUUAGGGGCCCCAAAAUCUCUGGUGGCGGCCCUGAACUCCUCUGACAUACCAACUGAAGCGGCUGUGGUGCUAGUUUUGGUGGUGGCGGCAGGCGGGUGAGUGGUAUCUUGAGAGGUGCCUGAAGCUAAGCUGGAGGAGGAUGAUGCGUCAAGGUUCUGAGCGGAGGCUGUAGAAGAUUGGGUGUCCUGUGUUAGCCAGUCAACUAUGUCCUCAGAACUUUUCAAGUUCAGGGUACGUGGCCUCUGAAAACUGGGCAUUAUUCUAGGGCCAAAGGGAAUCACAGCACCACGACCACGAUGGCCCCUGCGGGGUGGCCUGCCUCUGCCUGUCAUUUUUUUGGGGGUUAGUGGUACUAUGCGUGCAAGCUACUGUGAGACCAGAUAUGAGUGGCAAUGUGCACUGGCACAGUUGUGCAGAGCACAGGCUGUAGGCCUGACACCCGCUUUAAGGACACUGACUGCUAUUCAAUCUAUAACAGUGAAAAAAGUUUUUUGUUUUUAAAUGCAAGCUAUUGUGACACAAGUGAGUGGUGGCACUGGGCACCGUAUCCACUGUUAGCGCAACACACCCGCUUUAAGGACACUGACUGCUAUUCAAUCUAUAACAGUUGUGAUCCUUGUCACCAGGUAGCACGGUCCUCUAGGGCAAAAACAUGCACAGUCCUUGUAAUUGCAUAUACUCAGGCACUUUAUUUGUAAAUCCACACAGGAUACAGCAGUAAAUGAAAAACAAAAGUAACAGAAAACCCUAUAAACAAACACCUAGCUCGUCUGAGCACUAACUGACUUUAGUUCCCUAUCUCUCAGGGUUAAACUAAACACAAUAUUGCACCAACCUUAUUAGAGAGCAACGCUCUGCUAUCUAACCUGUUGCUUUCCUUUCUGCACUCUCAGUGCUCCAAGCCAGCCUUGCCCUGACUGCUUUGCUUUCUGCACUCCCAGUGCUCCAAGCCAGCCUUGCCCUGACUGCUUUCUUUUCUGCACUCCCAGUGCUCCAAGCCAGUCUUGCCCUGACUGCUUCCUUUCUGCACUCCAAGUGCCUAGUCUCCUUGACUAUCUGGAGAGAACAGCCUCUCUCUCCUACCUGCUUCCUGGGAGGAAGCCAGCAAUCCCUCUCCUUUACCUGCCUAGCAGGGAGGAGUUUAUUCCCACUGCAACAGCUCAUUAACGGCAGCUGUGCAGUGGGUUGGAGACAGUCCAAAAAACCCUGGCCUGGAUCUAUGUCUCCCCAGAAAACCACUAAACUGUGGAGUGGAGCAUUGGCCCACCCUUCUCUCCAAAUGCUCCACCCCAGGGGCCCAUAACUAAACAAUGCGUUGUGUUGUGCAAAACACAAACUACACAUACUCCCCCUGGGGUUAAAAGGCCUAUCUGCCUUCACUUUAUCACACAGUGAAAAAAGUUUUUUGUUUUUAAAUGCAAGCUAUUGUGACACCAGUGAGUGGUGGCACUGGGCACCGUAUCCACUGUUAGCGUAACACACCCGCUUUAAGGACACUGACUGCUAUUCAAUCUAUAACAGUGAAAAAAGAAGUUUUUGUUUUAAAUGCAAGCUAUUGUGACACCAGAUAUAAGUGGUGGCACUGACUGGGGAAAUGGGCACAGUAUCCACUGUGAGCCUGACACAGAAGCUGGCAGCAGUGGCAGACAACUAACUGCAAUUACAUUAAAAAAAAAAAAAAGCAUACCCUAACCUAGCUAUGCAUUUCCCUAUCUAAUCAAUAGCAGCUACACUUUCCCUCCUCUCACUAAGCAUGCAGCUUGAGAAUGAAUGUAAAAUGGAUGCCUUCCAGGAGGUGGGAGGGUCUGCUAGGGAGGGUGUGCUGCUAAUUGGCUGGAAUGUGUUUGCUGACUGUGAGGUACAGGGUCAAAGUUUACUCAAUGAUGAUGAAUAGGGGGCGGAUCGAACCGCGCAUAUGUUAACCCGCCGUGGCGAACGCGAACAUGCUAUGUUCGCCGGGAACCGUUCGCCGGCGAACCGUUCGGUACAUUACUAGCCAGGACAACUAUGUCUGAUAGACAUCCUAAAUGAUAAAGGAAUCAUCCCAUAUCCAGACAUGGUAGCCACGCCCAAAAGAUCAGCAAUGCUGAGAUAAAAAUAUACACAACUCACUCACUUCAUUCACCCACAGCCACACCUCCUUUAGGGAUCCAGACACCUAACCGCAUUCGAAACAAUGACCACUACUCAGUCGAUACAAAGAAGACACCUUUCUACGUUCUACAAACUCUUGCAAACAGAACCAAAAGACCACCUCCCAGACUUUACAAAAUCAUGGGAAGACAACUUAAAUAUCACAUUAACUCCUGAUGACUGGGGGAGGAUAUUUACUAACAUAUUCAAAUCAUCUAGGAAUACCACCACCAAAGAGCAACUACAAACGUAUAGCCUGCUGGCAUUUCACUCCGACCCAUAUACAUAUGUUCUUCCCAAAUGCCACCAGCACCUGCUGGAGCUGCAAAUCCACAGAAGGCAAUACGGGACACAUCUGGUGGUCUUGCAGUAUCAUACAGGAAUACUGGGGGGAAAUAACCACCUUAACAGUAAUCACGGGAUAUAAAGUCCCACAGACACCGCAAACGCUAAUACUCAUGCUCUAUCCAACCCCCCUGAGUAAACCACUACGCACCUUACUGAACCAUCUACUUCCAGAUGCAAAUAACCUUAUUUAAACUAAAUGGAAACAGGUAAAACCCCAGACUACCAGAGAAUGGAUUUCCAAAGUAGAUGCCAUCAGAACAAUGGAGGAACUCUGUAAUACCUAUACACACACACAUAUGGGAAAUUCACCAAUACAUGGUCUCCAUGGACUCAGUACCUAAGAGAUUCCCAAGAUAUUGGGUAAUUAUAUACCCCCCUAAACACUUCAAUAAUCAUAACAUUACAACCGACCAACUCACCUGUCACAAGAGGCCUACGAAUACAGCAAACGUAAGAUAUUAAUGACUUUUAUAUAAACAAUUCAACUGUUUUUUUCUCACCAUGUAUGUUUACACCCUGCUACUGGAAACCGAAUUGUCUUUACAAAUAAGCCAAUGGAAAUGUGCAAAAUGUCAUUGAGCAUUUCUAAUGUCUGUACCUUGAAAAUUGUUUCAAAUAAAAACUUUGAAAAUUAAAAAAAUAAAGAAUAGGCAUACUAUACGGAGAAAUUAUGUUGAACUGAAUGCUACGAGUAGCUAUGUGAUUGAUGAAAAUUUUCCCAAAUGUAUUGACCUGGUAUGUCUAGGAAAUGAGCACAGUGGCAACAUGGAUCACACAUAGAUGACAAUUUAUGAAUAACAUAAUGAAAAAGUAGCCUGUCGGCUAAAAUGAUUUUGUGUUUUUUUUGGUUUUUUUAAGUCUCAGGGCAUAGGUCAACAACAACAACAAAACGGGAAUAUUAUAUUCCUAUGAAAUAACUGUAUCUAUAAAGUGCACACAGCCAGUAUUAAACAAAAUUCAGUGAUCUCUAAGCUCCUAAGUCAAAAAUGUAGUAGAACACACUGAUGAACCUGCAAAUUAAUUGACCAAUAGUACUUCUUGCCAAUAGCACAGAUUCCUGAAAUAUGCUAGAAAUCCUAAAAACUUUUUUUUUUAAAUUAGCAUAUUAGCUGUAAUAUGAGGGUUGACCUGUAGAGGUCAGUAUUGGGGUUAUUUUGAAACCGCCGACUAAGUGUACGAAUAGAAACUGUGGUUACUGUGGUAAGGAGUUCCUGUUCGGGAGUUUGUAUGAAUGACAAGUGAAGGAAAUGAAUGGGAUGACGAUGUAGAAGGUAGCAAAUGAAUGGACACUGUAAAUUGUCAGCAGCGUGUGAAACAUAUGAAUGGAAACCGUAAAGUGGGGAUCCGACCCGUGAGGACGCCGUGAGACUGUACCUGGCGCAAUUGGUGGAUCAACUUACAGUUUGGUGAGUAUUAGGACUUAAUCUGCGACUGUUUGACCGGAAAACCUUGCGGCUUGAAUUCUGAAAACACAGCUAAAGUAAAAGACCUCGUGUAGCACAGGUACUGUCAAAAUAAUGGCGGAUAUCAUUCAAACGCUGACCUCGAACGGUAUGGAGACAGAUAAGGGGUGUUCCAUAAAUAGGUAAGUAAAGUAAUAAGCCCCUCCCACAAUUACAGGCCAAACGGCCUUAAUAUAUAAAUAUAUAUAUAUUAUGCUGGGCCUAUAGUUGUGGGAGGGGCCUGAAUCACCUUUAAAAGGGCUGCCAAUUCUCUCCCACUUUACCGUUGUUGGUCUGGUGAGUUACCCCUCCCACCACUCCCUCUAUUCACAUCACCCUCUAAGGUGGGCCCUCUUUAUUACAGGCCUACUGCAUUGUCGGUUCUGACACACCACAACUGACUGGUGUUAUUUAACUAUGUUUAAUGUUUAUGAAUUAUGUUAUCUUACCAUCACAGCAAUAUUGCCCUGACCACAAAUAUAUAUAUAUAUAUAUAUAUAUAUAUAUAUAUAUAUAUAUAUAUAUAUAUAAAAGUAUUAUGAAGGGUCCUUGCACUCACCAGCUUUCAAAUUGUGGUGGUCAUCUCUCCAAUAUAUAUUAAUAUUAUAGUGGAGGACCGCCUGGUACCCCGACUGGGUACCUUCACCAAACUCACUCCCUAGCUAUCGCCGGGACACCAUCAGCAUAGUGUUUGUGUCCCUUAGUCUCAGGCACCUUCCUUCCAAAAAGCGCUUUCCUGGCUGAUUGCAAAGUCGUUAAAAACCAAGUUGUCUGGGAACUGCACAGCCACGUCAUACCGAAAACAGUUCCAUAACAGUCGCUGCUAAGUCCCACUGAGGUGACCGGGAACCCAUGAAAUCCUCAUACCGAUUUUAGCUCCAUAACGAUCGCAACUAAAUACCGCUGAGGAUAAUUUGUGGGUUUCUUCAUGCGAACAGCUGCCAGGGAGCUAGUGUUUCCAUUCAAAUUAAAAGAAAGUGCAGAACCAGUGGCACCCAGGGAAGGUUGCUUAUGGCGGAUUGGCAGGAUUAACUCCCAAACAGAUCUUUGGAUACGGCCAACAGACCUUGGGCAGGAGGCUAGCUAGGAGGCUCUUCCAGGAGCUCGUGGCAUAGGCAUGUUUGCCACAUAUAUAAUCUAUUUUAAGGAAAGGGGUAAAACUUUAGCAGCAUGUAUAUAUUCUUUUGUAUAUCUUUAAUAAAAAUUCUAUUUUGGUCAGAGUAACCAUUCCUAUCCUGGUUCACCUCCCAAAGAAAUAAAGGAAAAAAAAAAAUUAAACCUCACCUCUAUUCUUCCUCAACAUAAUCCUUGGUGGAGGGGGCGAAUGCCAGGGAAGGUGGGCAGCAUGGGCUGCAAGAGCAUCAUGGAGGGAAGCGUGUCACCAUUGACUGUCACCAACAUGGUGUAUGUGCUGAUGACAGAUGCUAAAUAUAAACAGAACUGACAUGUUCUAGUCUGGCUAAUGAUGCCCCAAUGAUGCACAAUGGUAAACCAUGUAUGUGCACUGCAGUGGUCAUUGUGCUUUGAUUAACCCAACAAAAAAAAUGCAUCUUUUUUUUUUUUUUUAAUCUGAUCUAUUGGUAAAUAAUCCAACUUACUUUCCCCAAGUGCCUAAAGUUUUGCUGUGUCUUAAAUUAUUUAUUUUAGAGACUGAGAAAUGUAUUAUUCACCUAAUUAUCAAUUAAUUUUUUUAGAAUUCUGUGAUGUUACUCAGUUACCUGUUGGAAAGUAUGAACCAGAUAUAAAAAUCUUUGUGGUUGGAGAAACUCUGCGAUUUGAAUGCAACAACGGAUUUGUUAUUGCAAGUGGAAAAACCACAACAAAUAUUCAAUGUCUUCAAACAGGAUGGUCAACCUUCCCACGAUGCAUCGGUAUGUCUGUUUUGUAUAAUCAUUAUGUAAAAAUGUAUGUGAAAAGGAUUGCUGUUUGUAGCUUUAAGAGCCGGAUGCAUUUGCAUAUGUAAGAACAAAAAAUAUGAGAUUGCUAAGGGAAAAUCUGUGCAAUACUCAAUUCUUUGAAAAUUGACAAAUAAAUAAUACAGACAUACAGGUUAAUAAUUUCAAACAGAUACUUUUUGAUGUCACUGUAAAGAUACUUCAAAAAUGCCGUUUGCUAGAUAGCACAAAUAACAUAAUAAAAAUCAGUCUAAAUCAGAGUUCAGGUGAGUCAAAAAUAAGUGAAAUAAAAAAACAGAACAAAAAACAUUCUUUUGGGACACAACACGGCAAUGUGCUCCAGGGCUAGAGGAGUUUAUAUAGCAAAUUGCACCAGAAUAACUUCUUGCAUCAUUCCUAGGCACCGAUAAUGUACAUGCUAGUUGUUGCCAGAAACGGCAUAGGUUUAAAACUCCAGUGUCACAAUUAAUGCCAAAAUGGUGCGGAUUAGAAGGCAAGUUGAGAUCCGCAUAGAUCCUGAUACAGGGACGUACCUGGAGCAUUUAGCACCCCGGGCAGAUAAUUUAUUUGGCAGCCCCUACCCACCCCCCCAACUUUGAAAUGUAAAAAACAACUGCAAAUUUUUUAAAUGUAUUUGGCACUGAACACCGAAACAAACACAGACACACAAACAGAUACACAUACAUACAGAUACACAUGUAUAAGUGUGUGUUUGUGUAGUGGAUGCAGUGUGUUUGCGUAGUGGAUGCAGUGUGUGCGCUUGUAUAGUGUAUGCAGUCUUUGUAGUGUGUAUGUAUAGUGUAUGCCGCUUGUAUGUAUAGUGUAUGAAGAGUGCAGUGUGUAUGCACAGUGUACAUUGCGUAUGAAGUGUGCAGUGUAUGCAGUGUUUAUAGUGUAUAAAGUGUGUAUGCAGUGUGUAGUGUGUGUAUAAUGUAUGCAGUGUGUGUGUGUAUAGUGUAGUGUGUGUGUGCAGUGUGUGUAUAGUGUAUAGUGUGUAUGCAGUGUGCGUAUAGUGUGCAGUGUGUAUGCAGUGUGUGUAUAGUGUGUGCAGUGUGUAUGCAGUGAAUGUAUAGUGUAUAGUGUGUGCAAUGUGUAUGCAGUGAAUGUAUAGUGUGUGUAUAGUGUGUGCAGUGUGUAUGCAGUAUAUGUAUAGUGUGUGUAUAGUGUUUGCAGUGUGUGUAUUGUGUGUACAGUGUGUAUGCAGUGUGUGUGUAUGCAGAUGCAGUGUGGAAUAAGUGCUGCCACUUACCUGUCCCUCCCGUCCUCCUCAACUGGUGGUCCAGUGGCACAGCAUAGUUGGGCAGUGAAGAGGGGCCCAAUACUCUCCAUGCUCGUUUCCCAUCCAACAGCAGCAGGGUCCUCUGUUCUCACGAUCUGUGAGAGUGUUGCCGCGGGUUGCCAUAGCAACGCUCUCGCGGAUCGCGAGAACAAAGGACUCUGCUGCUGCUGGAUGGGAAACUCGGGUAGAUAUUCUUAUAGGGCGGCCGGUCCCUUUUCAUAAGACACAGGGGCAGCAAAAUGCCACCCCUGCGAAAGUUUGCCCCGGGCACCCCCCUAGUAAGUGGUACCCGGGGCGGACCUCCCCGCCAUCCCCCCUUAGUAUGCCACUGUCCUGAUGUCAGAAUGAUGAGAAUAUAAAAAUUUAUGGCUAUGAAUCACAACUUUCACCAACCCAUCUGGCCCUAAAAAAACCCACCCUAAGCUGGGAUACGGUCUGAAAAAAUGUAUUAUACCGCCCAACCCCUAACCACACGUCUUCCAUUCCUAUUACACUACUUUAUUCACCUCCCACUAAUAAGAAUUAGAUUAUAUAAUUUAUCUACAGGAUUUGGAUAUCUUGGGGGACUGGGCAGGCAAGUGGCAAAUGAAAUUCAAUACAGAUAAAAGCAAAGUCAUGCAUUUAGGUUGAAGGAACCCACAAGCCACUUACUUGAUAAUUGAUAAGCUGCAUUAUCUGAGAUAAACUCAGUUUGCGUGUGCGUGGUAGUAAAUGUCAUGAAUGAUUGUGUAGCUCAUUUUUCUCUAGUUUAGUAAUCUCACCUCAUAAUAAGUAAUUGAUAUUUAAUGAAAGAAUUAGGGGUUUACUAAAAAUAUCAAUUUAACCAAAUUCACCUCUGUGAAAUAAAUAUGUUCACUGAUACUUUUAUGAAAGGAAUUGCUUCCAGAGUCCAAAUUAAGCUCAAAAGGAGCAAACAAAGAAAAAUAAAUCAAUUAAAUCAAUUUGUUUGGUGGAUUUGUGCUGGCGGGCAAAUGACUCAGUCAAAUAUGACAUUCUGACUUUGAAAAAGGUGGAUGGGGGCAUGGUACUUCCAAUUAUGGAGCACUUUUAUAGCGUGGCUCACUUGACCAGAAUAGUACAUUUGACAAGAGACUCUCCCGACAGCUUCUGGAUUUCCACAAAGCUGGUGUGUGCCUAUACCACUGGGUGCUAUGCCAUGGUUGAAAUUGGUAGAUUGCACAACAUGUGCCCGCACUCAUCCCUUGACAGGGUCUACUUGUUCACACACUAUUACCUUGCCUACUGAGGAAGCGCAAGAGAGUGCAAUGCUUCUUGGCACCAGUUUAAUGGACCUAUUUAAUUGUUAAGUGCAAUAUUGCUUUUACAUCUACUAUUUUUUACUAGUUGUUACUAGCUGCUUUAGUGUUUAUUUUUUAUUAUUUUAUUCGUUAGAUACAUUUUAUCCAGCAAUAUUCACUGUCCAGCCUAAUCUUCGGUUCCAGAGAUCAUCCUUUGGGUCUUUGCCACCCCAUUAAGUGGCACCAAGUCUGUAAAAUCUAGAGCCAGGAUUUUUAGGCUCUAUAUAUAAAAUCUAAGUGUAAAUAGUUCAUACAUAUUAAACUAUAGGAGUUAUUUAUUUUAUUCUAAAUUUAAGCUUGAAAUCCUAUCCAUGGGAAGGUGUGAUGCUGCCUGAAAAGCAUAGACACGCUAUUAUAAAAAUUAUAUUAUAUAUAUAUAUAUAAAAAAUAUAAAUAUAGAAUAUAUAUAGAUAUAUAAAAUACAAAUAACCGUAAUAAAAUAUAUAUGUUAUUCUAAGUGUAUUUUGUUACCAAUAUAUAUAUUAACAAAAUACAGUUAGAAUAAAAUUGCAAAUGAAUAUAUAAUUUAUAAAAAAAAUUGUUUCAAUAUUUUAUUUUAAUAUAUAUAUAUAUAUAUAUAUAUAUAUAUAUAUAUGAACAAAGUUUGAGCUGCACUCACGGACUUCCAGUUCAAAAAAAUUCUUUAAUUCAUCAAAUAAACAAAUCGACGUUUCGGUCCACAGAGGGACCUUCCUGAGGACAAAGUGACAACAAGAUGAUAAACCCAACUUAUAUAUAUACCCCCCUUUACAACAUAUAAGUGCAUAUCUUACCCCAGGUGUGUGCUUUCCAUCCCGGCGUUCUCCCCGUGAGAAUGCGCAUGCGCCACUACACCACGCCUCCAUGUUGACGCCUCGCACCACGUGAUAGUAUACUCAACCUCCGUUAUUUUUUAUUGGAAUUUAGUUUUUUAAGCAUUUAGAAAAAGACAAUAUAAUAAUAGAACAUACAGACAACAUGGAUUAUAAAAUAGUAUAAACAAUCAACACUUUUGGUGUCUAUUCGUUCAUAUAUGUACCAUAUUUUAGACAAAACAACGAAAAUACAGCAAGAGCCUGGAGGAUGGAAAGUCAGAGGAAGCCAAAUUAUCCUAGUUUAUCUCCUUAAUGUUUUCGUGUCAAGGCAGAGUAUUAAUAUAUUUAAACAUUUUCUAACCAUUGCCCCCUUAUCAAGUAUGUUUCGGAUGUGUCCUUGAGAUCUACUUAUAUCGUUUUCCAUUUCUAUUUGAUAGACUAGUUGUUUGAGCACGAUUGGUAGGCUUACUGCAUUGGUUGGUCUUCCAAUUCCGAGCUAUUACAAUCUUGACUGCCAGAAGGCAUAUAAUAUACACAUUUUUGUACGGUUUUUAUACAUUUUCAAAAUUCUGGUAGGGACCAGAUACCAUCUAUGGGCUACGUUAAAGUAUGUUUCUUGCCAGUUUACACAGUGUUACCUUUUGUACUUUCGAGCAUGCAUCACACUACUCAUUUAUAUUAAUGUUAUAGUUAAGAUCUUUUGCCAGAUCGAAAAGACUGGAAAAGCUUCUGAUCUGUUUAUGAUCUGUACUAGUUCCAAUGCCUUUGAGACAACCUUAUCUACAGGAUCAUAUUUGAAUAUCUCCCAAAGUUUAUUUAAAGCGUCAGAGUUUUCCAUUAAUAGGAUUACUUGUAAAAAUAACUUUUGAUCCUGAUAAAAUUAAAAAUCUCUCAUUCCUGCAGCUGGAAAUCUUGUUUAAUCACUGGAAAUGCCGUCAGCUUUCCCAUAACCAGUAUUUGUCUUAUAUAUAAGAUACCCCUCUGUCUCCACUUGUCAAUCCUUAUAUCUGGGAUAAGAUUCUCAAAGGUUGUAAGGUAUAGAUAUUCUGGAACUUGAUAUUUGAUUCCACAUUUAGUUUAAAUUUUUAUCCAAGUAUCAAGAGUAUUGUCUAAAAUAAUGCUAGUCUUUUUAAGCAUCUUUUAAUAUUUUAGCAUUAUUGGGUUGCCACAAGAGGGAACUCAUAUCUAAUAUUUGGCCUGCUUAAUUUUCUAGUUGAUACCACCCCUCUUUUCCUGCUGAAUUCAUUUGGAUGUUAUUUAUAUGAUAUAGCAUAUUAGCUACAUAUGUAUUGUUGAUUGAGAGAACGUUCACUCCUCCAGUUGAGUGUUUUCUGAUUUAACCUAGUUCCUUUUUCCCCUAUGCACAUGAAAUUUGUGAAGCUUUUUUUGAGCUAAACUUAGCCACCAUUCAGAACAUUUUAGUGGUAACAUCCAUCUUCAAAAUAUGACCAUUUAGGGAUAAUAUAUGCAUUUAUGGUAUUAAUGCACCCUUUCCAAGAUAUAUAGCGAUUUCUCCAAUUUUGUAAAAGACAGUUAGUUUGCUGGAGAAGUGUAAGAAAAUGUAGAUCUCUAAUUUUAUUUAAAUGUUUCUAAAAGUUAAUUCCCAAGUGUCAGCCCCUUUAUACUAAGCCUGGCGGUCCGGGAUGCCGUUGCUCUGAUCCAGCGGAUGGCCAUUCCCACCCAGUAUGAGGCUCCUGACAGCCUCAUGGACGCCGGCCGCUGUGCGCCCACCCCUUUUUAUGAUGUGGCUCAUGCAUGCCAGCGUCAUGACGUCACAGGAGCCUAGCACACAUGCACUUUUUGGGGAUGUGGUUAUGCUAACCACUCCCCCAAACAUAUAAAAUCCCAGUUUGCCCAAAGUACAGUGCCCUGUUGUGGUUUCUAGUGUUACUAGCGUCCCUGUAGCGUAUUCUUUUGUCUCUUUUGGAAUUGAUUGGUUUUGACUCAACCUGCUCUCGACUACUGUUUUCUGGCUCCCUUGACUCAGCUUUGUUUAUCAUUCUUGAGUAUUUCUGGCUACCCUGACUCUGCUUUUGUCACUCAUAUUAAUGCAUUUCUGGCUUCCCUUGACCUUGGUUCUUUCUGACUCUCAUUUAAUACUAUUAUUCUAUUAUCCGGCCAUUCUAAGGACUGGUUUAAGGACUUUCUAUCUGUCUCCAUUUAUUUACUUGUGGGAUUUCACUCUGCAUGUUGGGUUGUACGUUACAUUACAACAGGGCCAAUGGACUCUGCAAGGGUAAAUCCUCAGGUUAUGGCUUAUGACGCAAGGCUUCAUGGUCUUGACCACUGUAUGGAUCAAUUCGCUCAGGCCUUGCAAACCCUGAUUAAGAGAUCAGCUGGCCCCCCAACCCAGCCUUUUAGUCCUAUACUUGCUGGUGCGGAAUCUUCCAUCCACAGUAGUAACUCUAAUCCUAACCAACCUAUACAUUUAGCGGGGAUCCCUCUAGGUGUAGAGGCCUUCUUUACCAGGUCAGCAUAUUGUUUGAGCUGUGUCCCAGAGAGUAGCACACUGACAGGGCCAAGAUAGGCUUUAUCAUAACCUUGCUUUCUGAUAGAGCUCUUGUGUGGGCAAAUCUGCUCUGUGAGAAUGACAGUCCGCUUGUGUAUGACUAUUCUCAGUUUCUAGUGGCUUUAAGGAGAGAUUUUGCUGCUAGAACACUCCUGAUAUUAAAACAGGGAAACUGUCUCAAAUGGAUUAUGCCCUAGAAUUGUAUUCACUUGCGGCAGAGAUACGUUGGAACAAUCGUGCAUUUAAGGCUGUGUUCCUUAACACAGUUUGUCUGAUACCCUGUUGGACAAGGUAGCAACCAGGGAUCUACCAGAGACAUUAGAGGAACUCAUAACGUAUCUUGGGCAUAUAGAUGAGAGGAUUAGAGACAGACCGAACACUAGAUAGAGACCCAGAAGGCCGGCUAUCCAGCUAGCUCCUUCCUUUCCAUCCGAUUCUAUGGCAUUAGCUAUUCCUGAACCUAUGCAAGUGGGUAUUACUAGAUUAUCUGAAGUCGAGAGACAGAGGGUUUGUGUAUGUAUUGUAGCAAGAGGGGACAUCACCUUUUGUCCUGUCAAGGUAGCAACCAGGGAUCUACCAGAGACAUUAGAGGAACUCAUAACGUAUCUUGGGCAUAUAGAUGAGAGGAUUAGACACAGACCGAACACUAGAGAGAGACCCAGAAGGCCGGCUAUCCAGCUAGCUCCUUCCUUUCCAUCCGAUUCUAUGGCAUUAGCUAUUCCUGAACCUAUGCAAGUGGGUAUUACUAGAUUAUCUGAAGUCGAGAGACAGAGGGUUUGUGUAUGUAUUGUAGCAAGAGGGGACAUCACCUUUUGUCCUGUCUUUAAAGGUCGGAAAUCUCCAGAGCCUAAGGAGGACUGGCCUUGGGUGUUAUCAAUGAGGUCUCCAUGCCUAGCAAAUCAGACAAAAGGCUUCAGUGGUGAAGGUUACCUCGCCACAGGCUCUUUGAGGGGCCUGCUUGUCGCCCUCUUGCCCCAGGACUAUGGCCCAUGUAUUAGACUUUGGUUCAGGACUGUGGAAAGGCUUUGUACGUGCCUUUUCCCUUAUAUUGUUUGGUAUAUGGGGCUUACCGAAUGGAUUAUACUUAUGCUGUUCAUAUGCCCAACCAACUAACAAACAGUUGGACUACCUGGAAGUGAAGUGUGUCGCUUGUUAACAUUAUUAACCUCGUUAACUGCAACAUUCUAAACGGUUGACUGGGUGGCCGCCGUUCAUAUGGACGAACACGAGGUGGCGGCCAUCUUGUUCCUGCGAACGUGUAUAGCGAUGUUUGGUCGUUGAGUGUAUGGAACCCAAAUCGAACAUUCAACGGCACAAACACCACUGCGAUUUCCAUCUCCAUGAAUGUUUAGUGGCGUUCGUAUGAGAAGAGUGGUGUUCAGUGGGAGCAAACUCACCUACGAACAGUACUGUUUGUUAUAUUGUUGUAUUUUGUAAAGAGACCGACUGCACAGCCUGGUUUCAUGGAACUCUUUUGGGCAGAAACCUCGUUUGCAGUCAGUCAAAUUAUGACCUCCAUGGAAAUACCGAACCUCUGAACCGAUCUGGUGAUUUUUGGAUAUGUUGGUCCCCCAGAUCGGUGCUAUCAGGGGAUGUGACUUUUGUGGGGGUUUCCAUGUGUUUUGGGGCUACUUUCGAGAGGUUGUUAAAAUGUAUGUUUUCUGUGCCUGGAGAUAAUUGAGUUUAGUACAGUUCCUGACUCCAUUAUCUCCCAGGCUCAGAGGAGGGAUUAUCUUGUUUUGUGUGGGAGUGUCCUGGACCUGAGAGCCAAUGUAAUCAUGUGUAUGUCUUUGCUGUUGCCUACUCUCCAGUGGGGAAUGCUCCUGGAAUAUGUAACCGGAAACCCCUUGCAUGGGUAUCUGCAUAUGAGGCCAGUUGUGGCUGCUAUAAAAUGAGUUCCUCUUCACCCUCAACAUAGAGCCUUGUCUCAUGUGUGGAGGGAACAGCUAUGUUCACUCUGGGGAUUGCUUUAUCACUAUACUCCCUUGGAUUACAACACUAACUUUUGUAAGAGCUAUCCUGCUAUACUGUCUGAAGUAGGAGAAGUCUACCCACUGGAAGCUGGAUCCUGGUCUUGGGUUCAGGGUGGGUGGAGGACAGCGAGACCUCAACCAAGUUGUAAUGCUGGCUGUGGGGUUUAACCCCUUAAGGACACAACUUCAGAAAUAAAAAGGAAUCAUGAUGGAAUAUUUCCGUCAUGUGUCCUUAAGGGGUUAAGGUAGUUAUGGUGUCUGGUGUGCUUGGAAGUACUCAGAGGUACUAGGAAGCAGUUGGCGGAGGAACCCAGUCAGGGUGCCAGGUGGUCCACCACAGCUUCUACUACCCAUCACCGUGAAAUGGGAGUGUAGUCCACACUCAAGCCCUUAUGGACUCUGGGGCUGCUGAGAAUUUUAUCGAUAAGUCCUUUGCCAAUAAAUAUUCACUCCCUCUCAGGGAAAGAACAACUCUCUUGGCUGCAGAGGCAAAAGAUGGUACACCACUUGAGGAACCCACCAAUACUAAGGAAACUAUUCCUGUUCAUAUAAUGAUUGGGGUUCUUCAUGUGGAAAUCCUAAUUCUCCAAAUGAUUUCAUUUCCUUCUUUCCCUAUAGUCUUUGGUUAUCCGUGGUUGUCUAAAUAUAUUCCUCUCAUAGACUAGGAGAAAGUAGAGAUCAUGAAAUGAUGACCUUCCUGUAUAGAGGGAUGUGUCACUAGGCUCAGGCCUUUAGGUAUUAAUAUUCCCAUAUCACCUCCUUUAUCUACUGUUAUACCUACUACCUACCAAGACCUAAUAGAGUUCUUCGACAAAAGGAAAGCUGAUAGUCUACCUCCGCACCAGUCCCAUGACUGUGCCAUAGAGUUGUUGCCAUGGACUAUGUCACCUAGAGGUACUGUUGAUCCCCUUUCCCUUAAGGAGAACCAGAUGCUGCAAGAGUAUAUAAACGAUAAUAUGGCUAAGGAUUUAUCAGAAGGUCCUCGUCUCCCACUGGAGCAGGUUUCUUCUUUGUCUCCAAUCUAUUGGUUAGAAAUGACAAAAACAAUUUGACAUCCCCAUUGAUUAUAGAAAUAGGUUGGUAAUUUUCUAGUGCUAGUGGGCUUUUACUUGUUUUAGAAUUGGUAGCAGAUUUGCUUGAAGCAUUUCUGAUGGAGACGUACCUUGAAAAACGAUAUAAUUAAAUAAUUUAGCUAAUUGAUCGCUUAGUUGUUCUUUGAAAAUCUUAUAAAAUAAAUUAAUAAAGCCUUCAGGGCCUGGGGUCUUUAUUUUGAUAUUUCCUUUUCUACUUCUAUUCUAGUUAUAGGGGAAUUCACUUCCUCUCUUUGAGCUUCUGAUAUUUUAUUUACAUUGGAGUUUAUUAAAUAGUCUAUUUUUGUAUAUAAUUUUUUCCAUUGAGGUUAUACAAGGAGCUGUAAUAGCAUUUGACAAUUUCUCUGGAGUCAUUGCAAUAACUUUGUAACUAUCUUUAUGACUCGAUUUCUUCUUUUUUUUUUAUUUCUUAGCUGAUUAGUUAGAAGUUUAUCAGACCAUUUGCCUUUGCCGUAAUACUUUAAUCUUAGUUUAUUUAGAUUGUUAGUGGUAAUAUCUAAUUUUUUGAUUUAUUAAUUUUUGUACAUGGGGGUACUGUUUUACUCGGGAGACUUCGCUGAACACAAAUAUCAGUGUUUCAAAACAGUAAAAUGUAUUACAACUAUGAUAUCGCCAGUAAAACUGACGUUUUUUGUAUUUUUUUUUUUUACACACAAACAGCACUUACACGGACGAUAUUAUUGCUGUGAUACUUUUUACUGUUUUGAAACACAAAUAUUUGUGUUCAGCGAAGUCUCCCGAGUACAACAGUACCCCUCAUUUACAGGUUUUAUGGUGUAUUCAAAAGUAAUAGUGUUAAAUAUAAGGCUUGUGUUUCAUUUUUUUUCAUAUUAAAAUUCACCAGAUUGGUUACGUUGCCUUUGAGACCCUAUGGUAGCCCAAGAAUGAAAAUUACCCCUAUGAUGGCAUACCAUUUGCAAUAGUAUACAACCCAAGGUAUUGCAAAUGGGGUAUGUCCAGUCCUUUUUAGUAACCACUUAGUCACAAACACUGGCCAAAAUUGGCGUUUUUUGCAUUUUUCACACACAAACAAAUAUUAAUGCUAACUUUGGCCAGUGUUUGUGACCAAAUGGCUACUAAAAAGACUGGACAUACCCCAUUUGCAAUACCUUGGGUUGUCUACUAUUGCAAAUGGUAUGCCAUUAUGGGUGUAAAUUCCUGGGCCACUAUACAGUCUCAAAGGCAACGUAAUCAAUCUGACGAAUUUAAAUUUCAAAUGUAACGUGCUUUAUUUGACCCUGAAACUUCCCAAAACGCCAUAAAACCUGUACAUAGGGGGUACUGUUUUACACGUGAGACUUAAAAAUAUGUAUAUAAAAAUAAAAAUAUAAAUAUGUGUAUUUUAUUGCAGUAAAAGCAAACAGUAUUAUGACAUUGACAGUUAAAAUGUCAUGUAGAACUAAAAAAAAAUAACAUUUCUUAUUUUCUCCCAUUUUUUCAUAUUAAAUUAUGUUUCAUAGCUAAAUAUUUGAUAUUAAAUGAAAGCCCUGUUUCCCCUGAAUAAAAUUAUAUAUAAUAAGGGUGGGUGCAUUUAAUGUGAAAGAGGUGUAUUACGGUUGGACAGACAUGAUUUUUUUGAUUGGGUAACUAAAAUUAUAGAUCAGGGUGGUGCAGUAGACAUUGCUUACCUAGAUUUCAGUAAGGCUUUUGACACUGUUGCACAUAGAAGGCUUAUCAAUAAACUGCAAUCUUUAAGUUUGGAUUCCAAUAUUGUUGAAUGGGUAAGGCAGUGGCUGAGUGACAGGCAACAGAGGGUUGUAGUUAAUGGAAUAUAUUCGAAGCUUGGACUUGUCACCAGUGGGGUACCUCAGGGAUCUGUACUUGGACCCAUUCUCUUUAAUAUUUUUAUUAGUGAUAUUGCAGAAGGUCUUGAUGGUAAGGUAUGUCUUUUUGCUGAUGAUACCAAGAUAUGUAACAGGGUUGAUGUUCCAGGAGGGAUAAGCCAAAUGACAAAUGAUUUAGGUAAACUAGAAAAAUGGUCAGAAUUGUGGCAACUGACAUUUAAUGUGGAUAAGUGCAAGAUAAUGCAUCUUGGACGUAAAAACCCAAGGGCAGAGUACAGAAUAUUUGAGAGUCCUAACAUAUGAGGAAAGGGAUUUAAGGGUGAUUAUUUCUGAUAACUUAAAUGUAGGCAGACAGUCUAAUAGAGCAGCAGGAAAUGCUAGCAGAAUGCUUGGUUGUAUAGGGAGAGGUAUUAGCAGUAGAAAGAGGGAAGUGCUCAUGCCAUUGUACAGAACACUGGUGAGACCUCACUUGGAGUAUUGUACACAGUACUGGAGACCGUAUCUUCAGAAGGAUAUUGAUACCUUAGAGAGGGUUCAGAGAAGGGCUACUAAACUGGUUCAUGGAUUGCGGGAUACCAGGAAAGGUUAAAGGAUCUUAACAUGUAUAGCUUGGAGGAAAGACGAGACAGGGUGGAUAUGAUAGAAACAUUUAAAUAUAUAAAGGGAAUCAACACAGUAAAGGAGGAGACUAUAUUUAAAAGAAGAAAAAUUACCACAACAAGAGGACAUAGUCUUAAAUUAGAGAGACAAAGGUUUAAAAAUAAUAUCAGGAUGUAUUACUUUACUGAGAGGGUAGUGGAUGCAUGGAAUAGCCUUCCAGCUGAAGUGGUAGAGGUUAACACAGUAAAGGAGUUUAAGCAUGCGUGGGAUAGGCAUAAGGCUAUCCUAACUAUAAGAUAAGACUAGGGACUAAUGAAAGUAUUGAGAAAAUUGGGCAGACUAGAUGGGCCGAAUGGUUCUUAUCUGCCGUCACAUUCUAGCGCAAAUGUUAGGUUUUGUUUACGUUUUGUUUUGUUCACAACGUGUACAUUUGGCUCAGUCCUUACCGGGUUAAUAGUUCAUCUUGUUGUUUUUGUGGUCUAUCUUUGUUGGCUUGUGUUAAUCGGUUAAGGCAGAUAUAUACUUUUGACAAGCUCUUCCCUCUUUUUUUGCAUAGUUUGCUAUUUAGAUCUAUGAAGUCCCCUCUUAAAACUGCUUUGAGAGCACACCAAUUAGUGAUGUGGGAUGUAUCAAUUUGGAUCGUUUUUGGAUAUGAAUUCCUCUUUGUUUUUUGUUGUUGUUUUUAUAUUACUUUGAUAUUAAAGCUAUUAUACAGUAGGUAAUCAUUUAAACGCCAAGUAGAUCUUUUUGUGGGCAACCCUACCUCAUUAAUUUCCCAUACAAGUAUGUUAUGGUCUGACCAGGUGUUAUUUUUAAUUUCUAUCUUCUUUAUAGAUUCCAAUACAUGUAAAUCUCCCCAUGUCAAAUCGAUCCUCGAGUGAGAGAGAUGCACUCUUGAAAAAUGAGUGUAAUCACCCUCACCUGGAUGAUAGGAGCUCCAUUCAUUGAACCAGCAACAUUUAUUUAACAUUUGUGCCAAAGCUGAAGCUUGCUUAUUUAAGUUUUUAUUUGAGGGUUAUUCAUUCUCCUCCCCCUAUAAGAGUUAAUUCCUUAAAUUGAUAUAAAGCGGAUUUUGGACCCUAUUUCAGACUCAAGCUCAAUUAAAUAUUGGUAAAUUUGUUACGCUAUAUUGUGUUCCUGGGUCUUAACUCCGGUAUUUUAUUGUAGGGAACCAACCUACUCUCCUAACUCUACGUUAAAAGAUUUAGAAUAGCAAGAAAAUAUAAUGUUUUAUAAUGGUGAUGAGUAAGGAAUGAGGCUGGUCCUGUACACCUCACUGAUAUUUAAUGUUCUAUCCUAAGAUUGUUAAACAAUUUUAAUUAAAAAGAAAGGAAUGCAUCACGAAAGAUGAAAAGCAAUAUUUGUUGAUUUAAUUUUGGAAUAUAAAAAUACAAAGUAUAAGGCAGCACGUUCCACUUUGAGAAAGCACUAUAACUAGACAAUUUAUGAUAAUAAGAGAACCUUAACCCCUUAAGGACCAAACUUCUGGAAUAAAAGGGAAUCACGACAUGUCACACGUCAUGUGUCCUUAAGAGGUUAAGGACAAAAGGAGAAAGUUUCUCUUUAUUAAUGAGAAUAUUUUUUAUUUCCCAAUAAUAUAAUUCAUACCGUUUAGCUGUGCAAUCAACUUUACUAUUAAAAAAAGUUAAAAACUAUUAAACCUAGUCAACAUUAUUUUUUCCAUAUACCUAUACUUUGAGCAUAUGCAUUUCUGCAUCUAUGAUAUUUCUACAUGGGUCUAUUUUCUUAAAGCACAAUAAUGAAUAUAAAAGCUCAUAUGAACUUCAGCGCAGUACAGCUUUCUUAAAUAUUUGAGUUGUAAAGAUGAAAUCUUUAUGAAAUGCUCAAAGACUUUCAUUGAAAUUCCAAUGCAGUCAACAUAUAUCAUAAGCUAAAAUAUUGAUUACUUUCUCUUAUGGUAAAACAUAAGAUGCUGCUCUCAAGUUUUGUCAGUUCCCACAGCCAUCACUAACAACAACUGAGGGAAUAAAGCAUUAUCUAGCUCAGGCAUAGGCAACCUUUGGCACUCGAGAUGUUUUGGACUACACCUUCCAUGAUGCUUUGUCAGCAUUAUGGGUGUAAAAGCAUUAUGGGGGAUGUAGUCCACAACAUCUGGAGUGACGAAGGUUUACUAUCCCUAGGUCAUCAUGAGACCACAAGUAUCGAGACUUCCAUACACAUCAGUGUUGUACUGUCAUGCAUGCAUGACAAGUGCCAGAGCAUGAAGUGCCAGUAGCUGAAUAUCGAUGAUGGCAAAGGGCAGCAUAAGGUUGAUACAACUCACCUCUACUGCACCUUUGCUAUACUAUCAGGGUGUUUGCAAAAUAUGCAAAGACCCUUAAAUGUUACCAUGUUUCAUGUGUUAAUUUGUUCAUUCAUAGCUAAUUUCCUGGAGAAAGACCUCUAUAGGCCAAACCAGCUUUUGAUCUUCUCUGAUACUGAAUAUCUUUGUAACUUUUCAGGAUUGUAGAUAACAUGGGUAUAUCUGUUACCCAUAAUAAAAUGUAAUUUGCAUAUUGUCUUACAAAUCAUACAAAAUACAUAUACAUAUAUUGUAAAAAGAUAACUUUAUCUCAUAAAGGUAAUAUAUAAUGAAUGGUGCAAUCUCAAAGACUAAGAUAUAGAACACUAAUAGAGAGUAUUGUUUUGUUUUCUUAUUUCAGAAUAUAAAUGUGUGGUAGAAGGUACUAAUCUGAUAUCUCAGAGAAGAGACUAUAAGAUUGGUGAAGUUGCGCAGAUUUCAUGCCCACCUGAUUACACAUUGAAAGGAUCAGAACUCAUCCAGUGCUAUAACAACGGAUGGGGACCAGAGCUGCCAAAAUGUGAACAAGGUAAAUAUACAUGACAGUGUGAAAAUGUAGCUGCAUG